AAAGUGAACUUUUCGAUUUGGAUUAAACUGUCUCUCGAAGCGUGUGUCUUCCUGUGUGUGUGGAGUAGUACGCAGCUGGCGACAGAAUGUAUUAAAUUCAAAGUCUGUUGCAAGAAAGAAAUGCAAAAAUGAGAAUAUUUUUGCCACUAGUCACGUGGAUAGUGCUACUUUCGAGUACAGUACAUUCACAAAUCAAAACAAUACGAUCGGACCAAGCGCAUUUGAAAAAUAGCCGUUUUGGUGGCGAAGUAUUUUUUCUAAAUCUCGAAGAUGGCUAUUUUGGCUGUCAAGUUAAUGAGUCUACAGACUAUUUACAAUUAUUCGAAUUAUCGAAAUUAUGCGACGGCAGGCGAGAUUGCUUUCUCGGUGCCGAUGAGCUGAAAGAGGAGCUCAAAUGCACAAAUGACUGUGAUAAGGAUGGCACUCAGUGCACGAAUGGUGUUUGCUUAAAUGGCGUCUGCCAUUGUAACGACGGCUUCGGCGGUUGUAAUUGUAGUGAACGAGAUGAAAACGAAUGCAAAUAUCGUCCAUGCGACGUAUUUGCGCACUGCAUCAACACGCUUGGCAGCUUCACGUGUACCUGCUUUCCCGGCUAUCACGGCAAUGGGCUUUUCUGUGAAGAUAUAGACGAAUGUCAAGAUCCUACAAUAAGAGCGCGUUGCGUCGAGAAUGCCGAGUGCUGCAAUUUGCCAGCGCACUAUCUCUGCAAAUGUAGGGACGGCUAUGAGGGUGAUGGUGAAGUUCUGUGCACAGACCUCGACGAGUGCCGAAGCCCUACUGCCUGCGGCACUGGUGCCCAGUGCAUUAAUACGCCUGGCAACUACACCUGCGCAUGCCCCGAUGGCUACCACGGCGACCCCUACUACAGCUGUACGGACAUUGACGAGUGCACACAACCGAACGCCUGUAGUCCAGGUGCUAUAUGUACGAAUCUGGAGGGCGGUUAUCGCUGCGACUGCCCGGAGGGAUACAAUGGUGAUGCGCGCUCCGCGACCGGCUGUGUGGACUACGAUGAGUGCACCCGUUCACCAUGCGGCCGCAAUGCGCAAUGUCUGAAUACUGAUGGUAGCUUCAAGUGUAUUUGCCCGGAUGGCUAUGCGGGCGAUCCCAGUCAAGGUUGUGAAGACGUCGACGAAUGCUCCACUAAUAAUCCAUGCGGUUUGGGUGCCGAAUGCGUGAAUAUUGGCGGUAGUUUUGCGUGCCAUUGUCCGCCGGGUUACACGCUAGAGUUUGAGCGCGAGUAUAGUUUGGGUGGCGGUGGGAUCUAUGGCGGCAAUGGCACAGCGCUGAAGAUAACCGGUGCCGGUUUAGCCUGUGUUGAUGUAGACGAAUGUAAUAUGGAUAAUGGAGUGGCCAAGUGUGGCACAAAUGCCAAAUGCAUUAACUUUCCGGGCUCAUAUCGUUGCUUAUGCCCGAGCGGCUUUCAAGGACAUGGUUAUUUGCAUUGCGAAAACAUCAACGAGUGUCAGGACAAUCCUUGUGGCGAGAAUGCGAUCUGCACCGACACCGUCGGCAGCUUUGUUUGCACCUGCAAACACGACUACACUGGCGAUCCCUUCCGUGGCUGCACCGACAUUGAUGAGUGCACCGCGCUGGACAAACCAUGUGGCACACAUGCUAUUUGCGAAAAUGCCGUUCCAGGCUACAACUGCAAGUGUCCACAAGGCUUCGAUGGAAAGCCGGAUCCGAAAGUAGCUUGCGAGCAGGUCGAUGUAAAUAUACUUUGUCGCAGCAGCUUCGAUUGCACGAAUAAUGCGGAAUGUAUUGAGAAUCAGUGUUUCUGUUUGGAUGGCUUCGAACCGAUUGGCUCCAGUUGUGUCGACAUCGAUGAAUGUCGCACGCAUGCGGACGCCUGUGGCGUGCAUGCACAAUGUAUAAAUACGCCCGGCUCAUUCCGUUGCGAUUGUGAGGCUGGUUUUGUAGGCACACCACCGCGUAUUGCAUGCAAGGAACCCUGUGAGGAUGUACAUUGUGGUGAGCAUGCUUACUGCAGGCCUGAUGGCAACGAGGCAUACUGCAUCUGCGAAGACGGUUGGACUUUCAAUCCCAGUGACAUUGCAGCCGGUUGCGUGGAUAUUGACGAAUGUGAUACGGUACAUGGUCCUUUUGGCAGUUGCGGCGUCAAUGCAACAUGCAAGAAUACUUUGGGAAGCUUUACUUGCACAUGCCCAUCUGGCUUCUCUGGUGAUCCGCACGCCAAGUGUGUGGACGUAGACGAAUGUCACUUGGGCAACAAAUGCAGCGAAGGUGCAGAAUGCAUAAAUAUGAAUGGCGGUUAUAAUUGUCGCUGUCCCACGGAUUCAAUACCUGAUCCGGAUCCUACAGUACGUUGCGUGCCGAUUGUUUCGUGCUCCACAGAUAAGGACUGCCCAGGCAAUGCUAUUUGCGAUGCAGGAAAACAUUGUCUCUGCCCACAGCCAAAUAUUGGCAAUGAUUGUCGCCAUCCCUGCGAAGCGGUUAAUUGUGGAGCGCACGCACAGUGCAUGUUAGCUAACGGACAAUCGCAAUGUUUAUGCGUCGAAGGUUACACCGGCAGUCCUAAUACACCAGGUGGCUGUCAUGAUAUCGAUGAAUGCAAGGCGAAUCCAUGUCAGGCAAAUGCUAUCUGCACAAACACACCCGGUGGCUAUCUCUGCCAAUGUCCCAGUGGCACGAGUGGCGAUCCCUACCGGGAAGGCUGUACCGAAGGCAAAGUCGCUUUCACGUGUUCCGACUCAAACCCCUGUUCGCCCGGUGAAACUUGCGUCACAGAUUCAUACACCGGUAAUGGCGUGUGCAUUUGUCGACAAGGAUACGAACGUAAUGCAGAAACUGGACAGUGUCAGGAUAUUGAUGAGUGCUCUCCGAGUCGCCAAAAAGCAGCUUGCGGCCUUAAUGCGGUAUGCAAAAAUUUGCCCGGCAGCUAUGAAUGUAAAUGCCCACAAGGCUUCAGUGGCAACCCCUUCGUUAUGUGCGAACAAUGCCAAUCUCCGGAGUGUCAAUGCCAACCACCCUACAAGCUGGUAGGUAAUAGCUGCAUACUUGCUGAUUGCUCAAAAAAUAAAAAAUGUCCCAGCGGUGCAGAGUGUAUUUCUAUCGCUGGUGGCGUUAGCUACUGCGCUUGCCCGAAGGGUUUUAAAGCCGGUCCGGAUGGUUCUUGCAUUGAUGUAGACGAAUGUGUAGAGCGUGACUCUCAAGUGUGCGCUUUUGGUGCAGAGUGCAUCAAUAUCCCUGGCAGUUUUACCUGUGCCUGUCCUGAGGGUUACAACGGUGAUGCAUAUCACGGAUUUUGCGCACCAGCGCAAAGAAAAUGCGCCGCUGAUAAAGAAUGCGGCACGAAUGAAAAAUGUGUGCAGCCAGGUGAAUGCGUAUGCCCACCACCUUUCUUUUUGGACCCCUACGAUAAUAACAAAUGUAAGAGCCCUUGUGAACGUUUUCCUUGUGGCAUCAACGCCAAGUGUACACCAACGGAUCCACCACAGUGUAUGUGUGAACCAGGCUUCAAAGGAGAUCCGCUCAUGGGCUGUACAGAUGAAGAUGAAUGUGCGCACCUGCCUUGCGCUUACGGUGCUUAUUGCGUUAAUAAAAAAGGCGGCUAUCAGUGUGUUUGUCCCAAAGGCUUUACUGGUGAUCCAUAUAAAAGCGGUUGCAUAUUGGAAACUGGCGCGCCGAAGAGCACAUGUACAAGCAAUGAGGAUUGUGCGAGUAAUUUGGCAUGCGUGGAGGGCACUUGCGUAUCUCCAUGUUCCAGUCUACUUUGCGGUCCCAACGCUUUUUGUGAGACAGAAAAUCACGCGGGCUGGUGUCGCUGUCGCGUCGGUUAUAGCAAAGAUCCAAAUGGCGACUGUGUAUCGCAAUGUAAGGACAUCAUUUGCGGCGAAGGAGCACUCUGCAUACCUACUUCGGAAGGACCAACCUGUAAAUGCCCACACGGUUACUUUGGUAAUCCGUUCCCAGGCGGUUCGUGCUCAACGGAUCAGUGCAGUGCAUCACGCCCGUGCGCCGAGCGACAGGUUUGUAUCAAUGGUCGCUGUAAGGAACGCUGUGAUGGCGUGGUAUGUGGCAUUGGUGCCACCUGCGAUAAGACCAGCGGGAAAUGUGUUUGCGAACCCAACUUUAUUGGCAACCCAGACCUCGUGUGUGUGCCACCUGUUAAAUAUGCUGAAUGUGAUCCAAAUUGUGGUGAGAAUGCUCAUUGUGAGUAUGGUUUCGGCAGUAGUGCAUGCGCUUGCAAUCCUGGCACCACCGGCAACCCCUAUGAAGGAUGUGGUAUACAGAGCAAAAAUAUGUGCUCACCCAAUAGUUGUGGCUCGAAUGCUGAAUGUCGCGCUGAUGGUCAACAAAUUAGCUGUAUCUGUCCACAAGGCUUCACCGGUAAUGCGUAUGUAGGCUGCCAGGAUGUGGAUGAAUGCGUGAACAAACCAUGUGGUCUGAACGCUGCUUGCCUCAACACCCACGGUGGUUUCGAAUGUGUGUGCUUAUCCGGCUUUGCCGGUGAUCCAUUCAGCAGUUGUCAACCGGUCGAUACUAUUUUCUGUAAUAAUGCAGAGGGUUGUGAAUGCAACGCGCGUGUGGAAUGCCCCGAUGGCUUUACUUGCGAGAGCGGAAAGUGUAAAAAUCUGUGCUCAAAUACUGCCUGCGGGCCGAGAGCAGUCUGUGAUGGCGGUAAAUGUAUCUGUCCCCUUGGCUAUAUUGGUGAUCCAUAUGAUACCAAUAGUGGUUGCACCAUUCAUGGCCAAUGCAACAACGAUGCGGACUGCAAACACUCAGAAAUAUGUUUCCAACUUGGUAAAGGUUUGCGAAAGUGUGUCGAUGCUUGCACAAAGAUUCAGUGUGGACCUAACGCGCUUUGUGUAUCAAAUAAUCAUCUAUCUUCAUGUAUCUGCACUGAUGGCUAUUUUGGCAAUCCAAGCAAUUUGCAAGUGGGCUGUCAACCAGAACGGAAAGUACCAGAUAUUGAAGAUAAAUGCAAAUCGGACAAUGAUUGUGAAUCUGGCUACUCGUGCGGACCCGAUAUGCAAGGAACAAAAGGAUGUAUCAAUCGUUGCUCGAAGGUCGUCUGUGGCGCAAAUGAAGUUUGUAAUAUCGACGCGAAUGGGCUUGCUUUAUGCAACUGCGCAGACAGUUUUGUUUGGAAUCCAGUUACUUCUUCCUGCGAAAAACCCUCAUUGCCAGACUGUACCAGCGACAGGGACUGCCCUACAGCUUCUGCCUGCCGACCAGAUGUGGUCGGUGUGCUAAAAUGCAUUUCAAUUUGUGAUGAAUUCACAUGCCCUGGUAACUCGCUUUGUGUGGCACGCAACCACCAGGGCCGCUGUGAUUGUCUACCUGGCUUCGUUGGUAACCCAAAUGACCGGAAUGGUUGUCAGCCAGUGGCAAAAAAUCAAUGUCGUACUAAUGCUGAAUGCGCUGAAUCGGAAGCGUGUGUUAAAUUUGGACCAAGCGAAAGUCUCUCCUGCCGACCAGCUUGCGAAAGCAUGAAGUGUGGACCACAUGCAGUUUGUAUCACCAACAACCAUCUCGCUCAAUGUCAAUGUCCACCUGGACCUUUUGCGGGGGAUCCCAAUGAUCCUUUCAAUGGCUGUCAGAGCGUCCCAUGUGUCUACAAUCACGACUGCCCACCAACAAAAAUGUGCAAUCGCAUGACACACACUUGCUACGAUGUUUGUGAUGAUGAGUCUUGUGGUGAGAACUCCAUUUGCAUUGCCGAGGAUCAUCGCGCGGUUUGUCAAUGUCCACCUGGCUUCAAAGGAAAUCCAAUACCAGAGGUGGAAUGCACCAAAGUUAGUGGCUGUGUUCCUGGAACUUGUCACCAUUCCGCCAUUUGCGAGGUCACACCCCACGGCCCAAUAUGUCGCUGCCCUGAAAACUUUAUUGGUGAUCCCGAAACGAGCGGUUGUCGUCCAGAUAGUCAAUGCCCAAAUGACGAUGCCGAUUGCCCAGCGAAUACAAUUUGCACUAAUGGUCGCUGCAUUGAUCCCUGCGAGAAUGCUUGCGGUCAAAACUCCGAAUGCAAGGUUGUUAAUCGUAAACCUGUUUGUACUUGUCCCCUGAAAUUCCAACAGAACGGAGAUUCACCAAAGGAUGGCUGCGUACGCUCGGUGUCCAGAUGUAAAUCUGACGUUGACUGCGGCGGAAAUAUUUGUUACAACGGGCAGUGUCGCGUGGCAUGUCGUAAUACGGAUGACUGCUCGUUCGGCGAGAAAUGUUUCAGUAAUAUUUGUGUGAUACCUUGUUUGGAUCAUAGUCAAUGUACAUCAGGUUUGGCUUGCCUUGAAGGCUUUUGCGUUAUUGGAUGUCGCAGUAACAAAGAUUGCUCAGCCGAACAAUCAUGUAUAAAUAACAAAUGCACCGAUCCAUGCAAAGCGGGUGGCAUCUGCGGACCAAAUGCGCUUUGUAGUAUAGAUAAACAUCUCAGUCAGUGCACUUGCCCAGAAGGCUUCGAAGGUAAUCCCACACCUGAUCAAGGUUGCGUGCGUGUACCCGCUCCUUGCUUGGCCACCAACCAGUGUCCCAGCGGCCACAUGUGCAUCGGUAACCAGUGCAAUCUUCCUUGUCAGAAGACAUCUGCUUGUGCUAUUGGCGAACGCUGUUACCAAAAUGUCUGUCGUAAAGUUUGUUACACUAGCAACAACUGCUUGCCAGGCGAAAUUUGCAAAAACGAUGGCACCUGUCAACCUGGCUGCGAUUCUGAUGCUGAUUGUCCACCUACAGAGCUCUGCCUCAGCGGCAAAUGUAAAUGUGCCUCUGGCUUUAUUGGCACACCGUUUGGUUGCUCCGACAUUGACGAAUGCACAGAGGAGCCUUGUCAUUCAACAGCACGCUGUGAGAACUUACCCGGCUCAUACCGUUGUAUAUGUCCUGAAGGUACAGUGGGCGACGGGCUCUCUCAACAAGGCUGCAUCAAGCCUAAGGAAUGUUAUAAGGAUGACGAUUGCGCAAAUAACUUAGCCUGCGUUAGCGACAAAUGUACGGAGCCUUGCACUAAUACAACAUGCGGACCGAAUGCACUCUGCAAUGCUGAAAAUCAUCAGGCAUCUUGCUAUUGCCCUCCUGGUCAUUUAGGAGAUCCCAGCGAACACGUAGUUGGUUGCUUUAAAGUUGAAUGUAUCGUGGAUGAUGACUGCGCCAACGACAAGGCUUGUGAUAGUGAAACCAACCGUUGCAUCAAGCCUUGCGAUCAUAUUUUGUGUGGAAAAGGUACCUGUAAUGUUGCUAAUCACCAAGUAUUGUGUUCCUGCUAUGAGGGCUAUCAGCUCGUAAACGGCGUCUGCGAAGAUAUCGAUGAAUGUCUGUCUCAUCCCUGCCACAGCACCGCCUUCUGUCAAAAUCAGCCCGGCACCUUCCAGUGUCAUUGCCCCGAAGGUCUUAUUGGCGAUCCAAUCAAUGUAGGUUGUCGCGAUCCCAUCGAAUGCCUCACCGACUCAGACUGCCCUUCCAGUGCGAGCUGUCAAAAUGCUCGCUGCCGUAACUCUUGCGAACGUGAAAAUGCUUGUGGGCGUAAUGCAACCUGUUUAGCUCAGUCACACAACGCCAUCUGUGCAUGCCCACCCAACUCACGUGGUGAUCCAUCCAUCGAAUGUGUUUAUGUCGAAUGUUCGGACAAUGAAGACUGCAUCAACGAAAAGGCCUGCUUGGAUGCAAAAUGUGUGGAUCCUUGCUCUCUACCAAACGUUUGCGGUACAAAUUCACGUUGCACCGCCCAAAACCACAUCGGCAUGUGUACUUGUGAAACUGGCACAACGGGUGAUGCGCAACUUGGUUGCGUACCACUACAAUAUUGCAACACAGACAGCCAAUGCGCUUCUGGAACAAUUUGCACCAAUGGCAUCUGCGCCACGCUCUGUUCUUCUGUGCGUGAUUGCAUUUCUGAUCAAUUGUGCAUACAAGGCGUCUGUCAACCCACAUGCCGUGCGAACUCCUCAUGUCCUGAAUUCCAGUACUGCCUCAACAGUAUUUGCACCAAAGAGGUGCUUUGCCGAGAUGAUGAUGACUGCGGUGUAAACGAGAGUUGUAUACAGGAUACCUACGGACGUGCAUCGUGCGAAAAUGUAUGCCUAGGUCGCGCUAUUUGUGGACGCAAUGCCGAAUGUAUUGCGCGCAGUCACGCGCCCGAUUGUGAAUGUAAGGAAGGCUUCUUCGGUGAUCCGAAGAGUGGUUGUCGCAAGAUUGAAUGUAGCACGGACACGGAUUGCUCCAACGACAAGACAUGCGAUGAUCACAUGUGCAAGAUAGCUUGCCUUAUUGGCGAACCAUGUGGAGAAAAUGCCCUGUGCACUACUGAAAAUCACAAGCAAGUAUGCCACUGUCAACCCGGCUAUACCGGAGAUCCGCGCAUGCGCUGUGACGUUAUAAACUUUUGUAAGGAUGCACCUUGUGGUCCCGGUGCUCGUUGCCGUAAUUCGCGCGGUUCCUUUAAAUGCACUUGUCCCCCAGGUUUGGUUGGUGAUCCCUACAACGAAGGUUGUCGCACCGCGGUGGAGUGUGAAACUAAUGAAGAUUGUCCCCCGCAUGCUGAAUGCACGAAAAUUAAUGGUAUAUCCAAGUGUCAAGAUGUUUGUGCGAAUGUUAAGUGUGGCAAGAAUGCCGAAUGUAUACCUAAGGGUCAUCAAGCUCAUUGUGCAUGCCGUAAUGGUUACGAUGGUAAUCCCGCUGAUCGGAUUACCGGCUGUAAGCCACUACCCGUACCAUGUCAAAUGACCAGCGACUGCCCGACCAAUACCUACUGUUCGGAUAGUAUAUGUAAACCUGCCUGCAUACUCGACACCGAAUGCGGCUCAUCUGAGGUGUGUCAAGGUGGCCAGUGUGUAAACCCCUGCCUGCAGGCACAAGCUUGCGGUAUGAAUGCUGAAUGUCACAUACAAAUUCACUAUAAACAAUGCUCCUGCCCAGCCGGUUUCACUGGUAAUCCGGACGUGGAAUGUGUGCGCAUACCAGUAGCCUGCAACAGCGAUGCAGAAUGCCGGGAAGGCUAUAACUGUCACGACUCAAUGUGUCAGCCGGCUUGUCAAAGCGAUCAGGAUUGUGCGUUGAAUGAAAAGUGCCUGCGUGGUAGCUGCAUGCUGACUUGCCGAGUGGAUAAUGAUUGCUUCCUCGGGCAUGUUUGUUUGCACAAUAAAUGCGUAUAUGGCUGUCGUAUUGAUGACGACUGUAGCGCUUCCGAGUCCUGCCGCCACGACAAGUGCACUAAUCCUUGCCUAGAGAAUCCUUGCGGUCCAAACUCUGUCUGUUCCGUGUCUAAUCAUCGCGCUAUUUGCAGUUGUCUUGACGGCAUGGUGCCGAAUCCUACACCACAGGUCGGUUGCGUGCGCAGUCCACCACUCGACUGUAAUGAAAAUCGCGAUUGUCCAAAUGGAUUAGCUUGCUUUGAGUUUGCCUGUCGUCCGCCAUGCGCCGACAAUGCGGGCUGUCUUUCGAAUGAACGUUGUCAAGGAGGUGUCUGUAAGCCACUUUGUCGACGAGAUGAUGAUUGUCGGAGCAGCGAAGUUUGCUUAGGUCUAACUUGCGUAGCUGGUUGCCGCUCGGAUCAGGGUUGUCCACUCGAUCUGGCUUGUGUUAAUCAACAGUGCGUGAAUCCUUGCGCCGAACCAGCCACUUGCGGCACAAAUGCCGAAUGUCUAGUAAUUGAUCAUCGCAAGAAAUGCUCAUGCCCGCAAGGUCUAGUCGGCAACGCAGAUAUAUCAUGCAAAACACCACGCAUCGCCUGUGUGCAGAACGAAAAUUGCGAUGCAAACCAAAUCUGUUACGGUGGCAGCUGUCAAGGAAAAUGUCGAAAUGAUCAAAACUGUCUAGCGGAUGAGCGCUGCAUGCGUGGCACCUGUCGCACCGUUUGCAACACCGACUCUGCUUGCGCGCAAGGACAAAUCUGCGAAAAUCGCGUUUGUCAAAUUGGUUGUCGCAAUGAUCUCACCUGUCCGAGCAAUGAGGCGUGCGUCAAUAAGAAAUGUAAAAAUCCCUGUGAGACGCCUGGACAAUGUGGGCAAUGUGCCAACUGUUUAGUGGUCAACCACGGUGUCCAAUGUAGCUGCCCGAAUGGCUUCCUCGGCGACGGACUCAGCGGUUGUCAACAACCUCCACAGCGCUGUAAUCCCACCUGCCAAUGUGAUGAAACGAAUACCUACUGCGCCGAAACAUGUACGCAUACCGACGACUGCGCUUGCGGUCAAGUAUGCACACGUGGUAAAUGUCGCCAGAAGUGCGGCACCGGACGCAAUUGCCCACUCGGACAACUCUGUGAACGCGGUACUUGCCUUGCUGGCUGCAAGGCUAACUCCGACUGUCCCACCGACCAAAGCUGCCUCAAAGGCAAAUGUGCCGAUCCGUGUGCUGGCAAGUCAGCUUGUGGUCGCAAUGCGCUCUGCACUAUCUCCGAUCAUCGUAUGUUAUGCUAUUGCCCCGAUGGCUAUGAAGGUGAACCGAGCAAAGAAUGCGUGCAAUUCCAAUGUGCGCAAGAUGCCGAUUGUGAGCCCAAUAAACGCUGUGAUGCUGGCAAAUGUCGCAAUCCCUGCUUGGAAUAUGGCGCAUGUGGAGUUAAUGCUCAAUGUCGUGUGGUGGAUCGCAAACCACAAUGUUCAUGCCCACCCGACUACUUUGGCAGCCCCGAAACUGAAUGUCGCUCAUUGUAUGGCGGCUGUGCGAAUGAUCCUUGCGGCGCAAAUUCCAAAUGUAUAGAAGUACCUGGUGGAUAUGAGUGUGCCUGUAUGGACGGUUGUAUGGGAGAUGCACACAAGGGAUGUGUAUGCGAAGGACAUCUGGUGAAUGCAUGCGCAGAGCAGCCAUGCGGGCAGAAUGCUGCUUGUCACGUGCUGGAGCACAACGAGGCACAAUGCUACUGUCCCGAAGAAUUCCCAUAUGGCGAUGCGUAUGUGCAAUGUUACUUAACACCACCCCAAGAAGACUGCCGCACUCAGGGUUGUAUUACCGGCGAAUGUGUGCGCCAAGGAGUCGAGUAUGUCUGCCGGCAUGACACCGAACAAUGCACAUCAGACGUCGAAUGUCCCAGCGAAAAAUCAUGCCUGCAAGGACACUGUGUAAACCCUUGUUCGGUGCGUGGCGUUUGUGGUGCAAAUGCGCUUUGCAAAAGCGUUCUGCAUCGUCCGCGUUGCUCCUGCCCCAGUUGCUAUAUCGGACGUCCUGAAGUCGAAUGUAAACCCGAUCCGAAAUGUACGGAUGGCACAGCAGUUCAACCACGUGAUCCCCAGCAACAGAUACCCUGCACACAGGACACCGAUUGUCCCGAUACCUUGCAGUGUAGCCACUAUGGCCAAUGUACCGAUCCAUGCCAAAAUCCACUAUUCAUUUGCAGCGGAAGUAAAAAGUGUGAAACCCGUCGACACCAGCCGGUGUGUGUCUGCAAGUCAGGAUUCAUUGUCAACGAAUAUGGUGAGCUAACGUGUGCACCUGAGAAGCGCGAAUGCUAUCGCGACGAUGAUUGUGCCUCAAAUAUGGCUUGUAGUGAGGGGAAAUGUCGUAGUCCGUGCGUGGUCCCUGUUGGUCGCCAGCCAAUUUGUGCAGAGAAUAAAUCUUGUGAGGUGCAGGAUCACAAGCCAGUGUGUAUAUGUAUGAAGGAUUGUCAGCCGUCCAUAUCAAUUUGUUUGCGAGAUGCCGGCUGUCCGUCGGGUCUGGCGUGUCGCUCGUAUCAGUGUGUAAAUCCGUGCGACUUUGCAACGUGCGCGCCCAACUCGCCAUGCAUCGUCGAGGAUCACAAGCCAAUAUGUAAAUUCUGCCCGCCCGGAUUUAUAGCCGAUGCCAAGAAUGGAUGUCAAAAAGAAAUCGGCUGCGCUUCGAGCGACGAGUGUCCAACACAACGCGCUUGCAUCAAUAGCAUAUGCUUAGAUCCCUGUUCGUACGCUAAUCCUUGUGGACGUGAUCAGGAGUGCCAGGUGAUUGAACAUCAACCGGUCUGUUCGAGGGUCUGCGAAUGCCAAAGCAAAUCCGAUUGUCAUGCCGGUUUCGACUGCGAUGGCUGUCACUGCCGACAAACUACCGGACGCACACCUGGCUGUGAACACUGCCCAAUAGGUACCAACUGUGAUCCCACAACUGGUGCCUGCAUUAAAGCUAAUGUUACAAUAACAACCACUACCAAUAUAACAACCACUACAUCUAACCCAAUCACUGAUGUUACUACAAUAAUCACCGACACCGUCGUUCACACAAAUAAAACUGGCACUUCCACGAGCACAACAACAUCCACCACCCCUAGAACCACCACCUCAUUUGAAAUUACUACAGCCAUCGUCCUUGAAGAUACUACCACUACCACAACUCCAAUUAUUAGCACAAUCACUGAAAAGCCUAUUGAGAGUACCACCGAAUCGAGUAGAGAAUUUGAGGUGAAUACGACGAGCAAAACUGGCCCACCAAAGGGUUAUCGCGAUGGAGAGAAUAACAUAAUCGCCAACACAGUGACUGAGCACGCAACCACCCCAACAUUCACCACUGUCUCUACGUCGUCGUCCACUUCCUCUGCCGCCAUCUCUACCAGCAGCAGCAGCUCACGUCGCGGCGAGGAUAGUAAAGGCCCAUUCGAUGCGCGCACAACAACACCCAAAAUGAAGACUACACGUAUUGAUACCUCGAAUGAAUUUGAUUAUAAUUUAACUACCUUACUCACGACCACACAACGUACUACCUUCCCGGUAGCUAUGGUCACUGAGCCUAUGAAGGAAUCGGAACAAGUAACAACAAUGAGUGUUCGCGAUUUAAUCACAACAAUGUUCCCUGUGAUAACACCACCAGUAACGGAACAAACGGAACGUCCAACUAUGGCCGGUACUACGACGUCGUUCGCUUAUGAGACAAUUGAACCAAUUACCACGACGUCAACGCCAGCUCCAGCUGUAGCUGCAGAGGCAACAACUACCACUGAAUCUGGUACCACUACUACUAAAACUAUAACAACCGAAACCGCCACCACAGUAGCAACUACUGCAAUUAGCUCCUCUACUGAUAUCACAAUGAUUAACACUUGUACAGAUCAUACUAACUGUGGUUCUAGUCAAUUAUGCAUAUUGGGAGUGUGUCGCAAUAGGUGUCGCGAAAGUGACACAAGCGAUGCGGAGUGUGUAAAAGAAUCCCCCGGCUCACCAAAGAAUCCGGAACCAUGUCAAUCGAACAAUGACUGCAUUGAGAAUGAAGCAUGUUACAUGGGUCUAUGCCAUAAUCCUUGCGACUUUGCGAAUGUUUGUGCGCCCACCGCGAAGUGUGUGGCGAAAAUGCAUAGGCCAAUAUGUUCGUGCCCUAAGGGGCAUGAAGGUAAUCCGACCAUCAAAUGCACGCCUGUGGAUAGGACAAUUGAGUGCAUACACAAUGCCGAUUGCGACAUUACGGAGGCUUGCAUCAGUCGACGCUGCCAACAUCCUUGCGAUGCACAUAAUCCUUGCGCGCAAAAUGCAGUCUGUAUGAAUGCAAACCAUGCUGCCGAAUGUAGCUGUGUGGAUGGUUAUCAGGGCAACGGUUUUAUUGGUUGUCAACCAGCGCUUGACCAUACGCCUGUCUGUCAAUAUAAUGAGGACUGUCCGCCUAACAAACUCUGCGAUCGACUGAAUCGUCGCUGUAUCAAUCCUUGCUUCGAAGAUUCGUGUGGUGAGAACGCUGAGUGCAUUCCUGUGAACCAUGGCAUCGAAUGUCGUUGCUUAUCGGGUUUUGUGGGCAAUGCUUACAUCGAGUGCUCGCAAGUGCAAGGCUGUCGUGCAGAUCGUGAAUGUGAUACCAGUCGGGCGUGUAUUGAUGGCAAAUGCGCUUCGCCCUGUCGCUGUGGUGCCAAUGCGCUUUGCGACGUCAUCAAUCACCGAGGCAUUUGUAAAUGCCCACCAGGUUAUGCCGGCAGACCGGAAGUCGCUUGUAACCCACCAACCAAUCCAUGUGAUCCAAAUCCAUGUGGCGUUAAUGCGUUGUGCGAGCUUGAUAAUGGUAACCCGAUUUGCUAUUGCCCGAAGGGACUCACCGGCAAUCCAUUCAAGAAUUGCAUACCUGAGGGUGAUGAAUGUCGCCCGAACCCUUGUGGCCCAAACUCAGGUUGUCGUAUGGUGAGUGGUGCUCCAACUUGCUUCUGUCUACCCGAAUAUGAAGGUCAACCACCGCUUGUCCCAUGCGAAGUGCCGAAGAGUCCCUGUGAUCCAUCGCCUUGUGGGCCAAACACGCAAUGCGCUGUACUCAGCAAUGGCUUCUCUAAAUGUACUUGCCUACCCGGCUACGUAGAAAGCCCAAACACAAUUCGUGGCUGCAUUGAACCUGUCAAUCCAUGCGACCCCAACCCUUGUGGUUUUGGUGCUGUGUGCGAUUCUUCACGUAAUCCAGUUUGCUUCUGCCCCGAUGGUAAAAUCGGUAAUCCAUUCAAAUCUUGUGAAAAGCCACCUGUUUCCGAUGAACUAUGCACACCAGGACCUUGUGGUCGCAAUGCUGAUUGCUAUGUUACCAGUAAUCGUGAGGAAUGCUACUGCCGUUCUGGCUAUAUCGGUGAUCCAUAUCAAGGCUGUCGCGAACCACCACGUAGUGCUUGUGAGCCGAAUCCUUGCGGUCCGAAUGCUGAAUGUAUCGUAUCCGUCGAUGGUCAAAGCGCUUGUGUUUGCCCUGAGGGUCUAUCCGGUGAUCCCACCUCUACUAAAGGAUGUCAUGGUUACGAAUGUCAAGUGGAUGCCGAUUGCCCGCACGAUAAGGCAUGCAUGGGCUUUAAAUGUUACGAUCCCUGCCCAGGUGCUUGUGGUCAAGGUACCAACUGCCGCGUGGAGGAACAUCAUCCAGUUUGCUCAUGCAAUGCUGGACUCACUGGCAAUCCUGGUAUACGCUGUUACGCGCUAGAUAUACCCAAAAUGCCAAGCCGCAAUCCUUGUAUUCCUAGCCCUUGUGGAGUGAAUAGUGAAUGUAAACUACUAAACAAUCGCGCUGUAUGCUCUUGCCUGCCUAGAUACUUGGGUGACCCUCAGAGUGGUUGUCGUGCAGAGUGUGACAUCAAUUCCGACUGUGGCACAGCGCAAGCUUGCAUCAACCACAAGUGUAUCGAUCCAUGUGCUGGUACAGUGUGCGGCAUAAACGCUAUUUGCAGAGUACAACAACACACACCUAUUUGUGCCUGCCUCGAUGGCUUCACCGGAGACGCUUUUCGACAAUGUAUACCAGUUGGUGUGCUAAAGAAUGUUACACGCGAUCCUUGUGUACCUUCACCCUGUGGUCCACAAGAUGUUUGCUCGGUAUACGGUGACGGCGUUGCGUUAUGCGAUCCAUGCUUUGGACUCAAUGCUCAACAAAAUCCACGCUGCCGACCUGAAUGUAUAUCGAACUCCGACUGUCCCUUCGACCGCGCUUGUUUGGGCCAACACUGCCUAGAUCCUUGUCCAGGCUCUUGUGGGCACAACGCUCUCUGCAAUGUAUACGAACACAACCCCAUCUGUAGUUGUCCACCUGGCUUGUAUGGCAAUCCGUACGAACACUGUUCACCACCUUCGCCAUUUGUGCCAGCACCAUCACCUAGCUGCGAGAAACUACACUGCGGUGCCAAUGCAGAGUGUAAGAAGAGAAAUGGUGCAUUGACUUGCAUCUGUCACACAGGUUACUUUGGCGAUCCAUUCAUCGGUUGUCGACCCGAAUGCGUACUCAACUCAGACUGUCCAGCAGAUAAAUCUUGUGUCAACUCCAAAUGCGUGGACUCAUGUGUCGGCGUUUGUGGCGUGAAUGCUAUGUGUCGUAUUGUAAACCACGCACCUAUAUGUCUCUGUGUUGAAGGCUAUACGGGUGAUGCAACCGUCCAAUGCAAUCCGUUCUACUUACCGCCAAGGAAACCAGCUCGCAAUCCUUGUGAACCAUCGCCAUGUGGUCCCAACUCUCGUUGCCUGAUUUCACCAGAUGGAUAUGCAGCUUGUUCAUGCCUGCCAAACUUCAAGGGCUCACCGCCAGUGUGCCAGCCAGAGUGUGUUGUGAGUUCGGAAUGUCCUUUGAAUAAAGCUUGUAUCAAUCAACGAUGUUCAGAUCCAUGUCCUGGUACAUGUGGUGUUGAAGCGCGUUGCGAGGUCUUAAAUCACAACCCCAUCUGCUCGUGCGAACCCGGCUUUGAAGGUGAUCCGUUCGUAUCGUGUGGCCGCAUACCAGAAGAGAGAACCGAUCGCAAUCCAUGUGUCCCAUCGCCAUGUGGGCCUAACUCAAUAUGUCAAAUAAAACAAGAUCGCCCAGUCUGCUCAUGUGUUGCUAAUUACAUUGGCAGUCCCCCAUACUGUCGUCCGGAGUGUACACUAAAUACUGAAUGUCCAGCGGAUAAGGCGUGUAUACAAGAGAAAUGUCAAAAUCCCUGCGUGAACACAUGCGGCCACAAUGCACGCUGCACCGUAAUAGCACAUGCUGCGCACUGUAGCUGUGACCAAGGAUAUGAGGGAGACGCCUUUGUUGGUUGCUCAAAAAUCGAUGAGAAACCGAAAGAUCGUAUUGAUCCCUGUUAUCCCAGUCCUUGUGGUGAGAACGCGAUUUGUAACGAACGUAAUGGAGAGGCUCGUUGUAGCUGUAUUGAACCAUAUAUUGGUGAUCCCUACUCCACCGGUUGUCGUCCGGAAUGUGUUUACAAUGCUGAGUGUUCUUCGUCUUUGGCAUGUAUCAAACAGUAUUGUCGUGAUCCAUGUGUGGGCACCUGUGGCUCGAACGCAGAGUGUGCAGUGGUCAACCAUGUACCCACAUGCAGUUGCACCCGUGGCUACGAGGGUGAUCCAUUCACAGGCUGCAAACGGAAAACUCCAAACGCACCACGCAGUCCCUGCGAACCUACACCUUGCGGUGGCAAUAGUAUUUGCCGCGUGGUUGACGAUCGUCCAACAUGCUCAUGUCAAAUUGGCUAUUUCGGUGCACCACCCAACUGUCGCCCGGAAUGUGUUGUCAGUUCGGAAUGCUCACAACAUUUGGCUUGUAUCAAUCAAAAGUGCACAGAUCCUUGCAUUGGCACCUGCGGCUUCAACGCUAAAUGCCAGGUAGUAAAUCACAAUCCGAUCUGUUCAUGUCCUGUCGACUACAUGGGUGAUCCCUUCGAACAAUGUGUGCCGAAACCUCGAGAACCACCACCACGGGGCAACCCCUGCCUACCUAGCCCUUGCGGCCCCAAUGCCGAAUGCCGUGAAGUAGAUAACCGCGCUGCUUGUAGUUGCACUCCAGGUAUGUUUGGCGCACCGCCCAACUGUCGUCCGGAAUGUGUUAUCCAUCAAGACUGUCCAUCGAACCGCGCUUGUAUACGUCAACGGUGUGAGGAUCCUUGUGUCGGCGCUUGCGGUUUCAAUGCGAUUUGUACAACACAAAAUCACAACCCAGUUUGCUCUUGCCUCGAAGGUUACGAAGGUGACCCAUAUGCUGGUUGCAAUACGCCGCAAAUUGUAAUUCCUGAUAUUCCCGCCGAUCCAUGCAAUCCAUCGCCUUGCGGCUCGAAUGCCGUUUGCCGAAAUCGCAAUGGUGCUGGUUCAUGUACCUGCAUUAAAAAUUACUUUGGUGAUCCUUACGUAAAUUGUCGCCCUGAAUGUGUACAGAAUAGUGAUUGCAUGCACACAAAAUCCUGCGUGAAUAUGAAAUGUGUCGACCCAUGUGUAGGUCUGUGCGGCAUUAAUGCUGAGUGUCGCGUUAAUAAUCAUGUGCCGCUCUGUCUUUGCAAUCCCGGCUUCACAGGCAAUCCAAUGCGUAACUGCCACGAAAAACCAUCAAAUAUGUAUUUGCCUAUACCGCGUGAUCCUUGUCGUCCAUCACCAUGUGGUUUAUAUAGCACUUGUCGUGUUGUAAGCAAUCGCGCCGUUUGCUCUUGCCUCCCCAAUUAUUUGGGCAACCCACCGAAUUGCAAACCGGAGUGCAUGUUGAGUUCCGAAUGUCCUUCGAACAAGGCUUGUAUGAAUAUGCGUUGUCAGGAUCCGUGUCCAGGUACAUGUGGCCAGAAUGCACAUUGUCGCGUUAUCAACCAUUCACCAAUUUGUAGCUGUGCAAAUGGAUACACUGGCGAUCCAUUCCAACAAUGUGUGCCCGAAAGAAAACCACUUGAUACACCACGCAUACCACCUCAAAAUCCUUGUGUGCCCAGCCCCUGUGGUCCAAAUUCACAAUGCCGUGCAUCAAGCUCUGGCGCAGUCUGCUCAUGUAUUGCAAACUACAUUGGCCGACCACCAAACUGCCGUCCGGAAUGCACAAUCAACUCUGAGUGUCCAUCGCAACUGUCUUGCAUGAACGCGCGUUGCGCAAAUCCUUGCAUAGGAUCGUGUGGCAACAAUGCAAUCUGUCAAGUCAGUGCGCAUGCACCUAUUUGCAUGUGUGUAUCGGGCUACACCGGCGAUCCGUUCUCUGGUUGCUACAAAAUUAUACAACUACCCGAUGAACCAAUCCAACCCUGCCGUCCAAGUCCAUGUGGGGUGAAUGCCAUUUGCGAAGAGCGCGAUCGUGCGGCUUCAUGCAAAUGCAUACCCGAUUACUUUGGCGACCCAUAUGUUGAGUGUCGUCCGGAGUGCGUUAUCAAUUCGGAUUGCCCGAAAGUGCGCGCCUGCGUCAACAACAAAUGUGUUGAUCCAUGUCCGGGUAUGUGUGGCCGUAACGCCGAAUGCGCCACCUUAAAUCACAUGCCGAACUGUGAAUGCUUUAACGGCUUCACCGGAAAUCCCAUCAUUGGUUGCUCAACCAUACCUGAGCCACCCCCACAAUAUGAACCUCCGGUGUCUAUCAACCCUUGCCAGCCAUCCCCUUGUGGGCUGUAUAGCAAUUGUCGACCUGUCAAUGGCCAUGCAGUGUGCUCAUGCUUACCGAACUACUUGGGUGCACCACCCAACUGUCGUCCAGAAUGCAUGAGCAGCUCUGACUGUGCGCAAGACAAGAGCUGCAUCAACGAACGUUGUAAAGAUCCCUGCCCGGGCACUUGCGGAAACAAUGCCCUCUGCCGUGUCGUCCAUCACAAUCCGAUUUGUUCAUGUACACCUGGUUACACCGGCGAUCCAUUUGUACGCUGCGUCUACGAAGAGAAACGACCUAUCAUAAGAGAUCCCAUAAACCCAUGUAUCCCAUCGCCGUGCGGCCCGAAUUCACAGUGUCGCGUUUCGGACGCAAACGGUCAAGCUGUGUGCUCGUGUCUGCCUAACUACAUCGGCAGAGCACCGAGUUGCCGACCCGAAUGCACAUCGAAUUCGGAAUGUAGCGGUAAUAUGGCUUGCAUCAAUCAACAUUGUCAAGAUCCUUGCCAGGGCUCAUGUGGCUCAUACACAACAUGUAUUGUAAAUAAUCAUAGACCAAUAUGCCGCUGCUUGGACGGUUAUACGGGUGAUCCUUUCUCAGAAUGUAGUCCACAAAUUCAUGUACCGCCAGAAAUCCCCAUGCCUUGCAAUCCCAGCCCCUGUGGUGCGAAUGCUCUUUGCAAAGAACGUAACGGAGUGGGCUCCUGUACCUGUUUACCCGAAUACACUGGAGAUCCAUACACUGAAUGCCGUCCCGAAUGUGUACUAAAUACCGACUGUCCGAAGAAUCUUGCUUGUAUGAAUAAUAAAUGCCGCGAUCCAUGUCCAGGCGCGUGCGGUGUCGGCGCUGAGUGUCACGUUAUCAACCAUGCGCCCAGUUGCAGCUGCCCAUCUGGUUACACGGGUAACCCUUCGGAAUAUUGUCGUGAACAACCAAAACACAUCGAACCUGAGCCUUGCCGCCCUUCACCAUGUGGUCCUUACAGCCAAUGUCGUAAAGUGAACGGUCAUGCGGUCUGCUCAUGCAUAACCAAUUAUAUUGGUGCACCGCCGUCUUGUCGUCCUGAAUGCUCCGUUAGCUCGGAGUGUUCGCAGGACAAGGCUUGCGUAAAUUUGCGCUGUGUAGAUCCGUGCCCGGGCACUUGCGGAAAUGAAGCGCGUUGUAAGGUGACAAACCACAAUCCAAUUUGCACUUGUCCACCUGGCUACUCCGGAGAUCCAUUCAUACGUUGUCUGCCCGUCGAACGCGAGGAACCUCGUUUACCAACAAGACCAUCCAGCCCUUGUAUUCCAAGUCCGUGCGGACCAAACUCACAAUGUCGCGCUGUUGGCGAAACGCCAGUCUGCUCAUGUUUGCCUAACUUUGUUGGCCGUGCACCAAACUGCCGUCCUGAAUGCACGCUCAACUCAGAAUGCCCUGCCAACUUGGCUUGUUUAAAUGAGCGUUGCAAGGAUCCCUGUCCUGGUUCGUGCGGUUUCAAUGCUUUCUGCAAUGUGGUGAAUCACUCGCCAGUGUGCAGUUGUGAAACUGGUUUCACUGGCGAUCCGUUCGCCGGCUGCACUCCAACACCAACUGUAAUACCGGAAGAACGACUUACACCUUGCAUCCCUACGCCCUGUGGUCCCAACGCCGAAUGUAGAGAACGCAAUGGCGCUGGUUCAUGCGUUUGCCUGCCAGAAUAUUUGGGAGAUCCCUAUAGCGGAUGCCGUCCCGAAUGCAUUGCUAACUCCGACUGCCCGCGUGACAAGUCUUGUGUAAAUAACAAAUGUACUGAUCCCUGUCCAGGUGUAUGUGGAUUGAAUGCCGAAUGUCAUGUGUCCAAUCAUGCACCAACAUGUCAAUGUCUGCAAGGUUACACGGGUAACCCGUUAAGCGCUUGCCGUGAAAUACCUCAGCUCCCGCCAACGCCAACUCCGAAAGACUCAAAUCCUUGCGUUCCAUCACCAUGCGGCCCCUACAGUCAAUGUCGCGAGGUAAACGGCCAUGCAGUAUGCUCCUGUCAGACCAACUUUAUUGGGUCACCACCAAAUUGUAAGCCCGAAUGUAUCGUUUCCUCAGACUGUCCACAAAAUCUUGCAUGUCAAAACCAGAAAUGUGUCGACCCCUGCCCUGGCACCUGCAGCAGCGAAGCGCGUUGCCAGGUUAUAAAUCAUUAUGCAGCGUGCUCUUGCCCGCCGGGCUUUACGGGAGAUCCAUUCAGUAGAUGUAUUAAAAUUAAACUGGACGUGCCUUCUGUAGUAGUUAAACCUGGUAACCCAUGUAUACCUUCACCGUGUGGACCCAACUCGAAGUGUGUCGAUGUUGGCGGUUCACCAGCAUGUUCCUGUUUGCCUACCUACUUGGGACGACCACCCAAUUGCCGUCCCGAGUGCCUAAGUAGCUCAGAUUGUCCAGCUAAUUUGGCAUGUACCAAUCAGAAAUGUUCGAAUCCUUGUGUCGGCGCAUGCGGUGUACAUACACUAUGUACAGUUAUUAAACACAAUCCCACGUGUCAAUGUGAAAUCGGCUAUACUGGAGAUCCUUUCUCUGGAUGUGCCAUUGUAAAAAUGACGCCAACGGAAGAACCACGCAAUCCUUGCAACCCCAGCCCAUGUGGUGCGAAUGCUGUUUGUCGCGAGCGAAAUGGUGCAGGAUCCUGUUCAUGCUUGCCUGAGUACUUUGGAGAUCCAUAUAGUGGUUGCCGUCCGGAAUGUGUACAAAAUUCAGAUUGCGAUCGUUCGCGUGCUUGCAUUAAUAAUAAAUGUCAAGAUCCAUGCCCUGGUGUCUGUGGCAUAAAUGCAGAAUGUCGUGUCUUAAAUCACGCACCAAACUGCAUGUGUUUUGAUGGUUACACCGGUGAUCCACACCGUUCCUGUUCUGUUAUCGAAAUUACGACUAUGACUCCAAUCAAUCCAUGCCAACCAUCACCUUGUGGCCCUUACAGCGAAUGUCACGAGUCUAAUGGGCAUGCUGUUUGCUCUUGCGUCGAUGGUUACGUCGGUGCGCCACCAUCUUGUAAACCGGAAUGUGUUGUCAGCUCGGAGUGCCCCCAGAAUCGCGCUUGUAUUAAUCAGAAGUGUGCGGAUCCAUGUCGUGGUGCGUGCGGCAACAAUGCUCGUUGUCAAGUGGUCAACCAUAAUCCGAUUUGUACAUGUGCGCCUGGCUUAACCGGUGAUCCGUUUACUUCCUGCAUUGAAGAAAAAGAAACACCUCGAGAUCCACAAAAUCCAUGCGUACCUUCUCCUUGUGGUCCCAACUCAUUGUGUCGUGAGAUAGGUGGGCAAGCAGCAUGUUCCUGUCAGACCAACUAUGUAGGUCGUCCUCCCAACUGCCGUCCGGAAUGUACCAACAGUGAUGAAUGUCCCAAUAACUUAUCGUGUCAGAACGAACGAUGCAUCGAUCCAUGUCCCGGCUCUUGCGGCAGCAAUGCCUUCUGUAAGGUUGUGCAACAUAACGCGAUCUGCUCAUGUACGGAUGGUUACGAGGGCGACCCAAUUUUGGGUUGCGAGUUAAUACAACCAGUACUGCCGAAACAACCGCCUAGCUCACCAUGCGAACCUUCACCUUGUGGCCCACAUACCGAAUGUAGAGAACGUAAUGGAGCCGGUGCUUGCUAUUGUCAUGACGGUUUCGAAGGCAAUCCCUAUGAUACAGACCGCGGUUGCCGACGUGAAUGUGAAAUUAAUGAUGACUGUUCUACAGCACAGGCCUGUGUACGCUUCAAGUGCGUUGAUCCAUGCAACAACAUUUGUGGUGAAUUCGCCAUUUGCUCGGUGGAGAAUCAUGUACCUACAUGCAACUGUCCACCUGGUUACACCGGCGAUCCGUUCUUCCAGUGCAAGCAGAUACCAGUUACGCCCCCACCACCGAUAAACCCUUGCGUACCAUCACCAUGUGGACCGAAUAGUAUCUGUCGCAGCAUAAAUGAUCAAGCCGUAUGCUCUUGUCAAGCCGGUUUCAUCAAUCAGCCUCCAAACUGCCGACCCGAGUGCGUUGUCAGUUCUGAGUGCGUUCCGGAACGCGCGUGUGUUAAUAACAAAUGUGUCGAUCCAUGCUUACACACUUGUGGUAUACGCGCAAUUUGUACCACAAGGAAUCACAGCCCGAUUUGUACUUGUCCGCGUGGUAUGACUGGUGAUCCAUUCGUACAGUGCUCGAAAAUUCCAAUUAUCCACGAUGUAGAACCUACAGAGCGCCCACCAUCUUGUGUGCCUUCGCCUUGCGGACCUAACUCCAAAUGUCAAAUUAUCGGCGGUAGUCCGGCUUGCUCUUGCCUUCAAGACUUUAUCGGUGCACCACCAAACUGCCGCCCUGAAUGUGUUCUCAACUCAGAAUGCGGUCCAACUGAAGCAUGCAUCAAUCAAAAAUGCCGUGACCCAUGCCCUGGUUCCUGCGGUUUCGAAGCCAAGUGUCAUGUACUCAAUCAUGUACCAAUUUGCAACUGCAUUGACGGUUAUACAGGCGAUCCAUUCAUACGUUGCAGUCCAAUACCACCAGUUAUAGAAACACCAAAAAUUCCUAACGAUCCCUGCGAUCCGAGCCCAUGUGGACCGAAUGCCGACUGCUUCAAUGGAGAAUGUCGCUGCCAAGACAACUAUCAAGGUAAUCCUUACGAUAGUUGUCGUCCAGAGUGCACGCUCUCAGCAGAUUGCCCACGCGACAAGGCUUGUAUGCGUAACAAAUGUGUGGACCCAUGCCCCGGCACUUGUGGUAUUAAUGCCAUUUGUGAAGUACUCAACCAUAUCCCUGUUUGUUCAUGCAUCACGGGCUAUGAAGGAGAUCCGUUCAGCAAUUGCAGACUUAAGGAUAUAAUCGAACUACCUAAGCAAGCAGUUUGUUCGCCAUCGCCUUGUGGCGCAAACAGCCAAUGUCGUGACAUUAACGGUCAUGCAGUAUGCUCAUGCCUAGAGGGUUACAUCGGAAGUCCACCGCAAUGUCGACCUGAAUGUGUAGUGUCCAGCGAAUGCUCGGCAUUGCAUGCUUGUGUCAACAAAAAAUGUACUGAUCCAUGUGCAGGCGCCUGCGGUAUUGACGCUCGUUGCGAAGUUAUUAAUCACAGUCCAAUUUGCGGUUGUUCUCCAGGUAAAACAGGCGACCCAUUCAAGCGCUGUUUUGAUAUACCACCGCCACAGCCACCAGAAGAACGUGAUCCUGGCAUACCGCGCGAUCCAUGCGUGCCCAAUGUGUGCGGGCCCAAUUCAAUUUGUAAAGCUACUGACAGCAGACCUUCUUGCCAGUGUUUACCAGAGUUCUUCGGUUCGCCACCAAACUGCCGUCCAGAAUGUAUAAUCAACCCAGAUUGUCCAUCAAGUCAAGCAUGCAUUAAUAAUAAAUGCCAUGAUCCUUGUCCUGGUUCUUGUGGUACAAAUGCUGAGUGUCGCGUGAUAAGUCAUACCGUUUCCUGCUCAUGUCCUGCGGGCUUUGCUGGCAAUGCCUUUGUUCAAUGUGUACCUGCUAUUGAAGAGCCGGUCAAACCGUGCGAGCCGUCGCCAUGCGGCGCGAACGCCGAAUGUAUUGAGCGUAAUGGUGCAGCUUCUUGUAAAUGUAUAGAUGACUACCAAGGCAAUCCUUACGAUGGUUGUCGACCCGAAUGUGUGCUAAGUUCUGACUGUCCAACGGACAAGGCUUGCAUACGCAACAAAUGUAAAGAUCCCUGUCCUGGAAUUUGCGGCUCAAAUGCACAAUGCUACGCCGUUAAUCAUGUGCCGAAUUGUGUUUGCAAUGAAGGCUACACCGGAGAUCCGUUCUCAAAUUGUCAACGUCAAGUUGCGCCACCAUCGGCCCCACCACAAGGUAAUCCAUGUCAGCCAUCACCUUGUGGACCGAACAGCAAAUGUCGCGAAUCAAAUGGUCUUGCCGUAUGCUCAUGCUUAGACUCGUUUAUCGGCGCACCACCUAACUGCAAACCAGAGUGCACCGUCAAUGCUGAAUGUCCCCAAAAUAAGGCUUGUCAUAACUUUAGAUGUGCUAAUCCUUGUGCCGGUACCUGCGGUAUAGACGCAAAGUGCGAAGUAAUCAAUCACAAUCCUAUAUGCAGUUGUCCACUAGAUAUGACGGGUGAUCCGUUCUCGCGUUGCUAUCCAACACCACCACCUGCACCUAAAGAUGAACCCAAGGCGCCAAGACACCCAUGCUUCCCAUCACCCUGUGGGCUGUAUGCCGAGUGUCGUGCUAGUGGUGAUCAACCAUCAUGCUCAUGUCUACCCAACUAUAUCGGCGCACCACCAAAUUGCCGCCCUGAAUGCGUCGUAAACACUGACUGCUCACCCGAAAAGUCUUGCAUAGCUGAGAAAUGCCGCAAUCCAUGUGAAGGUACAUGCGGUAUCAAUUCUGAGUGCCGCAUACAGAAUCAUCUAGCUGUUUGUACUUGUCGCAGCGGUUUCACCGGCGAUCCAUUUUCGCAAUGCGUGGAAAUAAUCGAAGUCAAAACACCACCCACCGUAUCGACAGAUCCCUGUGAUAUCCAGCCUUGUGGCGCUAAUGCCGAAUGCGACAAUGGCAUUUGUACGUGCAUACGCGAUUAUCAAGGUGAUCCCUAUGUAGGAUGUCGCCCCGAGUGUACACUCAGCACAGACUGUUCACCGAAUAAAACUUGUCUCAACAAGAAAUGUGUAGAUCCGUGCCCAGGUACUUGUGGUCAAAAUGCACAAUGCGAUGUCAGCAACCACAUUCCGAUAUGUAGUUGUCCAAAGGGUUACGCUGGCGAUCCAUUCAUCAAUUGCCAUCCGGAAAUACAAAGAGAACCAACGCCCAAAGAUCCAUGCCAGCCAAGUCCAUGCGGAUCAAACAGCAUUUGUCAAGCAACCGCACAGGGUGCCGUCUGUGCCUGCCAGCCAGGUAUGUUGGGCUCGCCACCGGCCUGCAAACCAGAAUGCAUAGUCAGUUCUGAAUGUUCACUGCAAACUGCAUGCAUACAAAAGAAAUGCGUAGAUCCAUGUCCUGGCGCUUGCGGCCAAUUUGCCAAAUGUCAAGUAAUAAACCACAAUCCGAUCUGCACUUGUAAUGCCGGCUACACAGGUGAUCCGUUUACACGCUGUUACAUAGAAGAACGUGUCAUUGAGAAAACACCAACAGCCAAUCCCUGCAUACCAUCACCAUGUGGACCGAACUCCGAAUGUAAGGUAGUCGGAGAUAGCUACGCAUGCUCUUGCGCAGUCAGCUUUUUAGGCAAACCACCUAAUUGUCGACCAGAAUGUACCAUUAAUCCGGAAUGUUCGUCAACAAAGGCGUGUAUACGACAGAAAUGCGAAGAUCCAUGUGUGGGUUCGUGUGGUUUCAAUGCGCGUUGCAAUGUGGCCAAUCAUAUGCCCAUCUGCACCUGUGAAGUGGGAUAUACCGGUGAUCCAUUCACCGGCUGUCAGCCAGUGCAAGAGCGUAUUGUAAACGAGCAAAUUACACCGUGCCAGCCCAAUCCAUGUGGCUCGAAUGCCAUUUGUCGCGAUCGUAAUGGCAUUGGCUCGUGUCAGUGUCUACCCGAUUAUUUCGGUGACCCCUAUCAGUCGUGUCGACCCGAAUGUAUACGCAAUUCGGAUUGUCCUAGUUCGCAAGCAUGUACUCAACAAAAAUGUCGCGAUCCUUGCCCAGGCACUUGUGGCACAAACGCUGAUUGCAGCGUUAUAAAUCAUGUACCGUCCUGUAUGUGCCGCAUCGGUUUUACGGGCGAUCCUUAUAGUUACUGCCAUGUGGAGCCACCAGCACCCAUUCGUGAGGCACCACCAAUACAUCCCUGCCAGCCAUCACCAUGUGGUCCCAACUCUCAGUGCCGCGAGCUGAAUGGCCAGGCGGUAUGUUCGUGUUUGGAACAAUAUAUUGGCGUACCACCAAACUGCCACCCAGAAUGUGUUCUCAGCACAGAAUGUACCCAUGACAAAGCAUGCAUAAAUCAACGUUGUGUGGAUCCCUGUCCAGGCACGUGUGGCACAAACGCUGAAUGCCGCGUGCGCAAUCAUAGUCCGUUGUGUCAGUGCCGUAAUGGUUUUACCGGCGAUGCGUUUACACGUUGCUAUCCAAUACCACCCCCGCCACCAGCUAUUUCUCAUAUUGAACGGGAUCCUUGCGUACCCUCACCUUGUGGCCCACAUAGCGAUUGUCGCAACAUCAACGGCGUUCCGUCUUGCUCCUGUCUACAAAAUUACAUUGGGGCGCCACCCAACUGUCAUCCGGAAUGUACCAUCAGCGCUGAAUGUCCUUCGAACAUGGCUUGUAUACUCGAAAAAUGCAUCGAUCCCUGUCCGGGCUCUUGCGGGUUUGACGCCGAGUGUAGUGUCAUCAACCACACUCCCAUUUGUACAUGUCCCAAAGGUUACACGGGCGAUCCAUUCACCAACUGUCAUCUCAUUCCACCAGAACCAAUCAUUAAUGAACCCAUCGAUCCUUGUCAUCCGUCACCAUGUGGUGCAAAUGCUCAAUGCCAAAAUGGUAUUUGUACCUGUCUUACAGAAUAUCACGGGGACCCAUACACAGGUUGUCGUCCCGAAUGUGUUUUGAACACUGACUGCUCGCGCGAAAAGGCAUGCUUACGCAGAAAAUGCGCCGACCCCUGCCCUGGCACAUGUGGUGAAAACGCCAUUUGUGAUGUUAUAAACCAUAUACCCAUGUGUAGAUGCCCAGAUGGCACUGUCGGCAGUGCUUUCAUUCGUUGCAGUCCAGCACCAAAAAUUACAGUCACAAAUCCAUGUCAUCCUUCACCUUGCGGUCCGAACUCUCAGUGUCGCGAGGUCAACCAACAAGCUGUUUGUUCUUGUCUGCCCAACUUCAUGGGCAGUCCACCAACUUGCCGCCCUGAAUGUGUCUCGAAUUCUGACUGUGCCCCUACACAGGCUUGUCUAAACCAGAAGUGUGGUGAUCCAUGCCCGGGCACAUGCGGUAUUGCUGCCGAGUGCUCUGUCGUCAAUCAUAGCCCUUUCUGCACUUGUCCGCCUCGAUACAGUGGAAACCCAUUCAUACGCUGUCAACCGAUUAUUGAACCACAACGUAACAUCACACCAACGGAUCCUUGCCGUCCAUCGCCUUGUGGCCCAUAUUCACAAUGUCGUCCAAUCGGUGAAGCACCAUCGUGUUCUUGUCUUGAGUCCUAUAUAGGCCGUCCACCGAAUUGUCGACCCGAAUGCGUUACGAGCUCAGACUGCGCCAGCACCUUAGCAUGUAUCAAUCAUAAAUGUGUUGAUCCCUGCCCUGGACGCUGUGGCUUGAAUGCAGAAUGUCGUGUGAUUAGCCAUGCUGUACAGUGUAACUGUGUGGUUGGCUAUACCGGCGAUCCAUUUGUGCAAUGCAGUCUUCCACCAGAACGUGAUGUCGUCGAAAUACGAACACCUUGCAGUCCAAGUCCGUGUGGACCUAAUGCAGUUUGUCGCGAACAUAAUGGUGCUGGUUCAUGCGCAUGCUUGCCGGAAUACUUUGGCAAUCCCUAUGAGGGUUGCCGCCCUGAAUGCAUAAUGAAUUCCGAUUGCCCCUCGAAUAAGGCAUGCCAGCAACAGAAGUGCCAGGAUCCAUGUCCAGGCACUUGUGGCCAGAAUGCCGAUUGUCAAGUAGUCAAUCAUUUGCCAUCUUGCACUUGCAUUAACGGCUAUACCGGUGAUCCAUAUCGUAUCUGCACACCUCCUGUUGAACCCAUGCGUACAGAAUACGUGAAUCCAUGCCAGCCCACGCCGUGUGGUCCAAACUCUCAGUGUCGUGAGUCAAAUGAACAAGCUGUUUGUUCUUGUCUACCGGAUUUCGUAGGCACUCCACCUGCAUGUCGUCCUGAAUGUACCAUUUCCUCUGAGUGCGACACAAAUAGGGCUUGCAUCGUUCAGAAAUGCGUGGAUCCAUGCGCGGCCAAUCCAUGUGGCAACAAUGCUCAAUGUCGUGUUAGGAAUCACAGUCCGAUUUGUACUUGCAACAAUGGAUUUACCGGCGAUGCAUUUACUAGAUGUUAUCCCAUACCACCGCCAUCCAUUGAAGUUGAACGCGAAGAAUAUCGUGACCCCUGCUUACCCUCACCUUGCGGUCCUAACGCAGAGUGUCGGAGUAUAAACGGUGUUCCCUCUUGCUCUUGUCUAACUGCAUUCAUCGGCCAACCACCCAAUUGCCGACCAGAAUGCACUAUCAAUUCGGAGUGUCCAAGUCAGCAGGCUUGCAUCAAUAAGAAAUGUCGAGAUCCCUGUCCUGGCGCUUGUGGUCUAAACACAGAAUGUCGAGUAAUCAAUCAUACACCGACAUGUACUUGUAUACAAAACUAUAUAGGCAAUCCGUUUAUCAACUGUAAUCUUAAACCACCAGAACCAACUCAACCAACAGUGUUCGAUGAUCCUUGCGUUCCAUCACCAUGUGGCCCAAAUAGUCAAUGCAACAAUGGCCAAUGUACUUGUAUACCGGAAUAUCAGGGUGAUCCUUAUAUAGGUUGUCGUCCAGAAUGUGUCCUCAAUACAGAUUGUGCACGUGAUCGCGCAUGUGUCCGCAAUAAAUGUAUCGAUCCAUGUCCUGGAACCUGCGGUAACAACGCAAUUUGCGUUGUUAACAACCACGUCCCCAUGUGUCAUUGUCCGGAAAAUAUGUCGGGCAAUGCCUUCUUCGAGUGCCACGCAAUUGAAAAGCCCAUAAUAAGAAAUCCUUGUCAACCAUCGCCUUGUGGACCCAACAGCCAGUGUCGUGAACUGCACAAUGUAGGUGUCUGCUCUUGUCUCCAAGGCUUUAUAGGUAGUCCACCGCAAUGCCGUCCAGAAUGCACGACGAACUCUGAAUGUCCACCCGAUCAAGCAUGUCAGAACUCCAAGUGUCGCGAUCCAUGUCCGGGAACAUGUGGCUUCAAUGCUGUGUGUAAUAUUGUAAAUCAUAACCCAUUCUGUACAUGUCGCAGUCAAAUGACAGGGAAUCCGUUUGUGCGUUGUCUGGAAAUAAUUGCUCCUAUUACUCAAGACACACCUUCUAAUCCCUGUGUACCCUCGCCAUGUGGUCCAAACUCAGAGUGCAGAGUCUCUGGUGACUCUCCGUCGUGCUCAUGCCUGCCAGAGUUUAAAGGUUCACCGCCAAACUGUCGUCCUGAAUGCAUAUCCAACUCAGAGUGCCCGUUGAAACAAGCAUGUAUAAAUCAGAAAUGCAAAGAUCCUUGCCCUGGAUUGUGUGGGCUGAACGCCAAUUGUCGUGUCUUUAGUCACACACCCAUGUGUCUCUGUCAAGAUAGCUUUACUGGUGAUCCAUUCUCGCAAUGUAACCCAGUAAAAGAUAAGCGAAUUGAAGUGCUAAAGCCGUGCAGUCCGAGUCCAUGUGGCGUCAACGCUAAAUGCGAAGAACGUGGCAGUGCGGGUUCUUGUCAAUGCUUACCAGAGUACUUUGGAAAUCCAUAUGAAGGAUGUCGACCGGAAUGUGUGCUUAAUUCAGACUGCCCAUCGAACAAGGCUUGUCAAAAUCAGAAAUGUGUCGACCCCUGUCCAGGCACAUGUGGUGCAAACGCAAUAUGCCAAACGAUCAACCAUAUACCUUCUUGUGAAUGCUAUUCCGGCUAUAUUGGUGAUCCAUAUCAAUUAUGUCAAGUAGUCCAGGAAGAACCGCCGAAAGUAUACGAAAAUCCCUGCCAGCCAUCGCCUUGUGGUCCUAAUUCCAAAUGCCGUGAAGUUAAUGGUCAAGGGGUUUGCUCCUGCCUGCCAGAGUACGUAGGGAGUCCACCAGCGUGUCGACCAGAGUGCAUAACUAGCUCUGAAUGUACCACCGAUAAGGCAUGUAUUAAUCGGAAAUGUGUUGAUCCCUGCCCGGGAGUUUGUGGACAGAAUGCUGAAUGCCGCGUUAAGAAUCACAGUCCCAUCUGUACUUGUAACAAUGGUUUCACCGGCGAUGCGUUUGUGCGUUGCUUCCGAAUUAUAACGUCACCUCCUCCACCACCGCCACAAUUUCAGCCACAAGAUCCAUGCGUACCAUCACCCUGUGGCCCAAAUUCCCUAUGUCGUGAUGCGCAUGGCACCCCAUCGUGCUCUUGCUUACCGAAUUUCCUUGGAACACCCCCAUCUUGUCGUCCAGAAUGCAGUCUCAACUCGGAGUGUCCCAGUCAUCAAGCUUGUAUUAAUCAGAAAUGUCGAGAUCCUUGUCCAGGCUCUUGUGGCCUCAGUGCAUUAUGCAAUGUCAUAAACCAUACACCGAUUUGCACAUGUCAAACAGGCUAUACCGGCAAUCCAUUCAAUGUCUGUAAUCCGUUACCUCCACCACGAACUGAAAUUGUGCCCCAAGACGAUCCAUGUAUUCCCUCGCCCUGCGGUUCAAAUGCACAAUGUAACAAUGGCCAGUGUACAUGUAUACCAGAAUACCUUGGCGAUCCCUAUAAAGGCUGUCGACCUGAAUGUGUGUUGCACACGGAUUGUGCCAGAGAUCGCGCUUGUGUACGCCACAAGUGCGUCGACCCCUGCCCUGGAACAUGCGCAUCUAAUGCCAUCUGUGAAGUUUUGAAUCACAUACCAAUUUGUCGCUGCCCCGACGGUAUGGAAGGCAAUGCUUUUAUACAAUGCACACCCAUACAGAAACUGGAUGUUCCACGGAAUCCUUGUCAUCCAACACCCUGCGGACCAAAUAGUCAAUGUCGCGAAGUUAAUCAACAAGCCGUAUGUUCCUGCAUACCGUCCUUUAUAGGCAACCCACCCUUCUGUCGGCCGGAAUGCACUACCAACUCAGAAUGCCCACUGAAUCAUGCUUGCCUUAAUCAGAAAUGUUCCGAUCCAUGCCCAGGCGUUUGUGGCAUUAAUGCACUUUGCCAUGUAACUAAUCACAGUCCGUUCUGUCGUUGCCCACACAGAUAUUCCGGUAAUCCAUUUAUCAGUUGCCAACCCAUCAUAGAGUUGCCGGUACCGCGUCCACCCACCCAACCUUGUGAACCAUCACCUUGCGGUCCAUACUCUGAAUGUCGCGUUGUGGGUGACCAGCCCUCGUGCACUUGCUUGACCGAUUAUAUCGGUGCCCCACCUAAUUGUAGACCCGAAUGCGUGACUAGCUCAGAAUGUGCCACUAAUUUAGCCUGUAUCAAUCAAAAAUGCAAAGACCCUUGUCCAGGCUUGUGUGGCAAUAGUGCUGUAUGCCGAGUUCUUUCUCACACUCCAAGCUGCUAUUGUCCAACAGGCUUCGAAGGCGAUCCAUUCGUACAAUGUGUGGAAAUUAAAAUCCCACAACUGGAUCAUAUCGAUCCUUGCAAUCCAAACCCUUGUGGUCCGAAUGCACGCUGCGUGCAACGUAAUGACGCUGGUUCAUGCCAAUGCCUUCCUGAGUACUUUGGUAAUCCUUACGAAGGCUGUAGACCUGAGUGCAUGUUAAAUUCUGAUUGUGCUUCCGACAAAGCUUGCCAAAAUAUGAAAUGCCGUGAUCCCUGUCCUGGCACCUGCGGCCAAAAUGCCAUCUGUGUAGUGCUGAAUCACGUACCGACAUGUAGUUGUAUACCUGACUAUAGUGGUGACCCAUAUCGCUUUUGCCAAGUAGAGAAACAACCUAUCAAGGAAUAUAUCAACCCCUGUCAGCCUUCGCCGUGUGGUCCCAACUCGCAGUGUCGUGAAAUUAACCAGCAGGCUGUAUGUUCGUGUCUACCCGAAUACAUUGGUAGUCCUCCGCUCUGCCGCCCCGAAUGCACGAUCUCGACAGAGUGCGCUUUCGACAAAGCGUGCAUCAAUCAAAAAUGCGUCGAUCCAUGCCCAGGCAUGUGUGGUCAGAAUGCUAAUUGUCACGUGCGCAAUCACAGUCCACUCUGCUCUUGCCGUGCAGGUUUCACAGGAGAUGCCUUCUCACGUUGUUUCGCUAUACCACCUACACCACUUGCUCCUGUUCAGCGUCAGCCUGUAGAUCCUUGUGUCCCCUCCCCGUGUGGUCCAAAUUCCCAAUGCCGUCGCAUUGGCGAUUCACCUUCCUGUGUUUGCUUACCCAAGUACAUCGGCUCACCACCUAACUGUCGUCCGGAGUGCACUAUUAACUCAGACUGCCCAAGCAGUCAAGCGUGUAUUAAUGAAAAAUGCCGCGAUCCCUGUCCCGGCUCGUGUGGUUUUGGCGCUAUCUGUAAUGUUAUCAACCAUACUCCGAGCUGCACCUGCCCUGCGAGAUAUACUGGAGAUCCAUUCACUUAUUGUCUACCAGAACCACCACCAAAACCCAUCGUUGAGAAAGAUCCUUGCAAUCCUUCACCAUGUGGUUCAAAUGCUCAGUGUAGCGACGGUAUUUGCACUUGCCUACUAGAAUAUCAGGGUGAUCCUUACACUGGUUGCCGACCCGAAUGUGUAAUCAGUGCCGACUGUGCACGAGAUCGUGCUUGCAUACGCAAUAAAUGUAUUGAUCCUUGCCCGGGCACUUGUGCACCGAAUGCUGUUUGUAACGUCAUCAAUCAUAUACCAAUCUGUUCAUGUCCGAGUGGCAUGUCCGGCAACGCGUUUAUACAGUGCUCGCCAUUGCCAUCUCGCGUUAUGGUCAAUCCCUGUCAACCUUCACCCUGUGGUCCAAAUUCUCAAUGUCGCGAAGUGAAUGAGCAGGCAGUCUGCUCGUGCAUACCAGGCUAUUUUGGCUCACCACCUGUUUGUCGUCCAGAAUGUACAGCUAAUCAGGAGUGCGCAGCCAACUUGGCGUGUGUCAAUCAAAAGUGCAUCGAUCCAUGCCCUGGCAGUUGUGGACGCAACGCACAGUGCAACACCGUCAACCAUAAACCAUUUUGUACUUGCUUACCGCAAUACACAGGAAAUCCAUUUGUAGCUUGUCAACGCAUCAUCGACCAGCCUCAACUGGAUGUUACUCCAACCGAUCCUUGUCGUCCGUCACCUUGUGGUCCCAACUCGGAUUGCCGUGCAGUUGGCGACACACCGUCGUGCACAUGUCUUGAAAACUUCAUCGGCUCGCCACCUUACUGCAAGCCGGAAUGCGUAUCGAACUCGGAAUGUUCCUCUACAAAGGCCUGUAUUAACCAAAAAUGCAAAGAUCCUUGCCCAGGAUUGUGUGGCACUAGCGCCGAAUGUCACGUCGUAUCGCAUACACCGCGCUGUACCUGCUUACCAGGAUUUACUGGCGAUCCAUUUACGCUUUGUCAGCCAGUACGAGUGUCCACACCUAUCGAGGUACUCAAUCCAUGUUCGCCAUCGCCAUGUGGGGCCAACGCAAAUUGCCUCGAACAUAAUGGUGCCGGCGCAUGCCAAUGCCAGCCCGAAUACUUCGGUAAUCCAUAUGAGGGUUGUCGACCAGAAUGUAUGCUCAAUUCGGACUGUCCAUCGAACAAGGCAUGUCAGAAUCAAAAAUGCCGCGAUCCAUGCCCAGGUACAUGUGGUCAGAAUGCCGAAUGUAAUAUCGUCAAUCAUUUACCAACGUGCAACUGCUUUGUGGGUUAUACCGGAGAUCCAUAUCGUCAUUGCACCAAGCCUGCAACACCUAUCAUACAAGAGUACGUAAACCCAUGUCAACCGAGCCCAUGUGGACCGAAUUCCCAAUGCCGCGAAGUAAAUGGUCAGGCAGUCUGUUCAUGCCUUAACGAGUUUAUUGGUGUACCACCGUCCUGUAGACCCGAGUGCACCUCCAGUUCAGAAUGUGCAAGUGAUAAGGCAUGCAUAAAUCGCAAAUGUGCCGACCCUUGUCCCGGUAUUUGUGGUCAAAAAGCACUCUGCCAAGUGCGUAAUCAUAGUCCAAUAUGUUCCUGUCGUAGUGGCCUUACAGGUGACCCAUUCGUGCGUUGUUAUCCGCUACCAACACCAAUACCUCAGCAGCCCGCCGAUGUACCUCGCGAUCCCUGUGUGCCAUCGCCUUGUGGUCCAUAUGCCACUUGUCGCAAUCAAAACAAUGUGCCAUCUUGUACCUGCCAACAAAAUUAUAUAGGUGCCCCACCCAAUUGUCGUCCUGAAUGUAUUGUGAACUCUGAUUGCUCCAGCGGCCAGUCUUGCAUAAAUGAACGUUGUCGUGAUCCAUGCCCGGGUGCAUGCGGUGUGAAUACUAUUUGCAAUGUUGUAAAUCAUACACCGAACUGCGCCUGCCAGCCCGGUUAUGUAGGAGACGCAUUCAUUGCGUGCCAUCCAGCUCCACCACCUCUACCACCGCAACAAGAACCAAUCGACCCUUGCAAUCCUAGCCCCUGUGGGUCCAACGCUAUCUGCUCAGCCGAUGGUCAGUGUGCUUGCAUAUCUGACUACCAAGGUGACCCGUUUGUCGCGUGUAAGCCAGAAUGUGUGCUAAAUACAGAAUGUGCGCGUGAUCUUGCAUGUAUUCGCCAGAAAUGCGUUAAUCCUUGCCCCGGCACCUGUGCUUCAGAGGCCAUCUGUGAAGUUUAUAACCACGUACCCAUGUGUCGUUGCCCUAACCAUAUGACCGGCAAUGCAUUUGUGCAAUGUGUACCUGUUCAGAUGGAUAUUUACCGCAAUCCUUGUCAGCCAUCUCCUUGCGGUCCAAACUCACAAUGUCGCGAAGUGAACUCACAAGCCGUAUGCAGUUGUCUACCGAACUAUCAAGGUAGUCCUCCGUCGUGCCGUCCAGAAUGUACCAGUAACUCUGACUGCGCACCGAAUCGUGCGUGUCAAAACCAACGCUGCGUGGACCCAUGUCCAGGCACUUGUGGAUUAUAUACGAAAUGUACGGUUGUUAAUCACAAUCCGUUCUGCAUGUGCAAUGAACGUUACACAGGAAAUCCCUUUAUACAAUGUCGUCCCAUAAUUGAACCAGUGCGUGAUACUACUCCAGUGAACCCAUGUCAGCCAUCACCAUGCGGUCCAAAUAGUCGUUGCCAACCUGCAGGCAAUUCACCGUCAUGCUCUUGUCUCGAGAACUUCUUCGGCCAGCCACCUAAUUGUCGCCCCGAAUGUGUAACAAACUCAGAAUGCUUGUCCAAUAAUGUAUGCCGGAAUAAUCGUUGUAUAGACCCUUGCCCUGGUCUCUGUGGCAAUAAUGCUCUCUGUCGGGUUAUAAGCCAUUCAGCAAUGUGUUACUGUGAAAGUGGUUAUACUGGUGAUCCAUUCGUACUGUGUACCUUUAUUGUACAAGAACCGGCUGAAGUUAUUGAUCCUUGCAACCCCAAUCCGUGUGGUCCAUUCGCCGAAUGCUUGCAACAAAAUGGCGUAGGCUCUUGUAAAUGCCUUGCAGAGUACUUUGGCAACCCAUACGAAGGUUGUCGCCCUGAGUGUGUACUAAACACCGAUUGUCCAUCAAACAAGGCGUGCAUAAAUCAGAAAUGCCGCGAUCCCUGCCCCGGAACUUGUGGAUUGAAUGCCGAGUGUUUCACACGAAAUCAUCUACCAACCUGUUCUUGCAUAUUUGGCUACAUGGGAGACCCAUAUCGCUAUUGUACAGUUGAAGACAAGCCUAAGAUACAAGAGUACGUCAAUCCUUGUGAACCAUCGCCAUGUGGUCCAAAUAGUCAGUGUCGUGAAGUUAGUGGCCAAGGCGUCUGCUCUUGUCUGCCAGAGUUUAUCGGCACGCCGCCAGCUUGUAGACCCGAAUGUACCAUAAGCGCAGAAUGUAGCUUUGAUAAGGCAUGCAUAAAUCAAAAAUGUACCGAUCCAUGUCCAGGCAUGUGCGGCGUCGGUGCCCAGUGUCAAGUGCGCAAUCACUCGCCUCUCUGUUCUUGCCAGAACAGAUAUACUGGCGAUCCAUUUACGCGUUGUUAUCCCAUUCCGCCGCCACCACCAAUAGUUGUUGCCGAACCAAUACGCGAUCCUUGUUUGCCUUCGCCAUGUGGCCCCAACUCACAGUGCAAAAAUGUAAACAAUCAAGCGAUCUGCUCUUGUUUACCCCAGUUCUUUGGAGCACCACCAAACUGCCGUCCAGAAUGUGUCACCAAUUCAGAGUGUUCAUCGAAUUUAGCUUGCAUCAAUAAUCGUUGCACUGAUCCUUGUCCGGGUUCAUGCGCAUAUAAUGCGCAAUGUAUCGUGAUAAAACAUAUACCUAUUUGCUCUUGCCCCAAGGAGUAUGUGGGUGAUCCAUUUGUUAGCUGCCAACCAGCACCACCACCUAAGCCACCAGUAAAAGACGAUCCCUGCAAUCCGUCCCCUUGUGGUCCCAACGCGGUAUGUAGUGAUGGUCAAUGUUCAUGUACACCGGAAUAUCACGGCGAUCCUAUCAUCGGUUGCCGUCCUGAAUGUGUACUUAACUCCGAGUGUCCCUUUGACAAAGCCUGUAUCCGAAAUAGAUGUGUUGAUCCAUGUCCCGGUACUUGUGGUGUUAAUGCUAUCUGCGAAGUCAGUAAUCACGUACCUAUGUGUCGCUGUCCCGACGGCAUGUCCGGAAAUGCCUUUUUCCAAUGUGACGUUGUACCACCGAAACUCGUAUCUGAUCCAUGUCAACCAUCGCCGUGUGGUCCAAAUAGCCGAUGUAGGAUAUUCAACCAAAACGCUGUUUGCUCAUGUAUUGAAGGUUUUAUUGGCAAUCCUCCCACAUGUCGACCAGAAUGUGUACGCAAUUCUGAUUGCGGCCCACAAAGGGCAUGUCAGAAUCAAAAAUGCGUCGACCCUUGCCCGGGCGCUUGCGGUUUUAAUAGCAUUUGUAACGUGGUAAAUCACGCACCUAUAUGUACAUGUCCAAUACGUUACACCGGAAAUCCCUUCGUGUCUUGCCAACGAAUAAUUGAACCACCACCACGUUUGGAAGAACAAAAAGAUCCGUGCUAUCCAUCCCCUUGUGGUCCUAACUCUGAGUGUCGUGCUAUCGGUGAUACACCAUCCUGCUCUUGCUUACCACAAUUCACGGGCUCUCCACCAAACUGUCGACCAGAGUGUAUUACAAACAGUGAGUGCAGUCAAGACAAGGCAUGCAUUAAUCAAAAAUGCGUCGAUCCUUGCCCUGGCGUAUGCGGACAGAAUGCACAUUGUCAUACGAUUAGUCACACAGCAAUGUGUAUAUGUACCCCUGGCUUUACUGGUGACCCAUUUACUGCCUGUUUACCGGAACCAGUGAAACAAGCGGAAUUCAUAUCGGCGUGUGAACCGAAUCCUUGUGGUGCAAAUGCCGCGUGUCGUCAAUUGAAUAAUGCUGGAUCGUGCCAGUGUUUGCCUGAAUUCUUGGGUAAUCCUUAUGAGGGCUGCCGCCCAGAAUGUGUAACGAAUGCGGAUUGUCCCUUGGAUAAAUCAUGUCAGAAUCAGAAAUGCCGUGAUCCUUGUCCGGGCGUAUGCGCGCUAAACUCCUUGUGUCGGGUUAUUAAUCACUUGCCCUCUUGUAUGUGCUUGGAUGGUUUCAUUGGUGAUCCGUAUAGUUAUUGCCAGUUGCCAGAGAAACCGAUUAUGAAAGAGUAUAUCAACCCCUGUCAGCCAUCACCUUGUGGCCCCAACUCACAAUGUCGCGAAGUGAACAAACAAGCCGUUUGUUCGUGUUUGCCCGCCUUUAGUGGUGCACCACCUGCGUGUAGACCAGAGUGUACAACGAGCGCCGAAUGUGUAUCCGAUAAGGCGUGCAUUAAUCAGAAAUGUCAGGAUCCAUGCCCGGGUACAUGCGGCUCAUAUGCAGAAUGUCACGUACGCAAUCACUCACCCAUUUGUAGUUGUCUGAGUGGAUAUACUGGAAAUGCUUUCACCCGCUGUUAUCGCAUACCACCUCCACCAAAAACUGCGUCACCACCAGAACUAGUGCGUAAUCCAUGUGUGCCAUCGCCUUGUGGGCAGUUCGCAGAAUGUCGUGAUAUUGACGGCAAUCCAUCAUGUUCAUGUUUGUCCACCUAUAUAGGUAGUCCACCGAAUUGCCAUCCGGAGUGUAUUAGAAACUCAGAUUGCUCGAGCACUCAAGCUUGCAUAAAUCAAAAAUGCCGCGAUCCUUGCCCAGGUGCAUGUGGUUUCAACGCCCAGUGUCAUGUUAUCAACCAUACGCCGAUUUGUCAAUGCGCACCUGGUUUAAGUGGAGAUGCAUUUAUCUCGUGCCAAGCGCCACCUCCACCUCCACCCAAGCUGGAAGAAGAUCCAUGCAGCCCUUACCCUUGUGGGCCCAAUACUGUAUGUCGCGAUGGCCAAUGUGAAUGUAUACCUACAUAUCAAGGUAAUCCGUUGAUAGGCUGUCGUCCAGAAUGUGUUUUAAAUACAGACUGCCCGUCCGACAAAGCAUGUAUUCGUCAGAAAUGCAUAGAUCCCUGUCCGGGCACUUGUGCCUCGAAUGCCAUUUGUGAAGUACAUAACCAUGUACCAAUGUGUCAUUGCGCAGAAGGUAUGACUGGUAACGCAUUCGCUCUAUGCCAACCCCUAACAACUAAGGUACAAGUAAAUCCUUGUCAACCAUCACUUUGUGGUCCGAACUCGCAAUGUCGUGUGAUCAAUCAGCAAGCUGUGUGCUCGUGCUUACCCGAGUUUAUUGGUGCACCUCCAUCCUGCCGCCCAGAGUGUACCAGCAAUGCAGACUGUGCCUUAAACCGAGCCUGUCUACAGCAGAAAUGUCGCGAUCCUUGCCCUGGAGUUUGUGGAAUUAAUGCCGAAUGCACUGUCAUCAAUCAUUCACCGAUUUGUCGCUGCGUCAACUCAUACACUGGCAAUCCAUUCGUAGCUUGCAGUCCUAUACGAAUUGUGCCAGAACUAGACGUACCUAAAAAUCCUUGCCACCCAUCGCCUUGCGGUCCCAAUUCCGAGUGCCGCGCUAUCAACGAUAGUCCAUCAUGUUCGUGCCUUAAAAACUUCAUUGGUUCACCACCAAAUUGUCGUCCUGAAUGUGUAACGAACUCUGAGUGUCCGCUUUCCCAGGCGUGCAUCAAUCAGCAUUGCGAGGACCCCUGUCCAGGUGUUUGUGGCGCAAAUGCAGACUGUCAUGUAAUUAAUCAUACACCAAUGUGUGUAUGUUCAAGCGGAUAUACUGGAGAUCCAUUCAGCUAUUGCGAUAUCAUACGCGACGUGCCACAAGAAAUUCUUAAUCCCUGUCAACCAAGUCCUUGCGGUCCCAACACCAAAUGCACUGUGCGCAAUGGCGCUGGCGCCUGUCAGUGUUUGACCGAAUUUAUAGGAAAUCCAUAUGAAGGUUGUCGCCCAGAGUGUGUAGUGAACUCAGACUGUCCUACGAAUAAAGCUUGUUUACAGAACAAAUGUAAAGAUCCAUGUCGAGGUACUUGUGGGCAGAAUGCCCUCUGCCAUGUGCGCAAUCAUUUACCAACCUGUAACUGUUUAAGCGGAUAUACAGGCGAUCCGUACAAUUACUGCAGAGUGAUAGCGGAACCUAAAUUUGAAGUAGUAAACCCUUGUCAGCCGUCACCCUGUGGACCGAAUUCUCAAUGUAAGGAAGUCAAACAACAAGCGGUUUGCUCUUGUCUUCCAACAUUCAUUGGCAGCCCACCAGAUUGUCGCCCUGAAUGUACCACUUCCAGCGAAUGUUCUCUCGAUAAGGCGUGCGUCAAUCAAAAAUGCAUCGAUCCAUGUCCUGGAGUGUGUGGUCUCAAUGCUGAAUGCCACGUACGCAAUCACAGUCCGCUUUGCACUUGUCGUAAUAGUUACACGGGAGAUGCCUUUACAAGAUGUUACCCAAUACCGCGUAAGAGGCAAAAUGUCUAUGCUAGAGGAAAAUAUUUUAUCCACCGGUUUCUUCUUCUAGAGCCCCCCACUGUGCCGGUUAUUAACGAGGUGUAUCGUGAUCCCUGUGUCCCAUCACCGUGCGGUAGUAACGCUGUCUGUCGCAGCAUUAACGAUCAGGCGUCAUGUUCUUGCCUGCCCAACUAUUUAGGCACGCCGCCCAAUUGUCGCCCUGAAUGUUCCAUCAACGCCGAAUGUCUGGCACAUUUAGCGUGCAUAAAUGAAAAAUGUCGAGACCCCUGUCCAGGCUCCUGUGGUUUCGCAGCGAUUUGUAAUGUCAUUAAUCACACGCCAAUAUGUACUUGCCCACCAGAUCAUACCGGCGACCCUUUCACCAGUUGUGCGCCCAAGCGACCCGAACCGAAAUUGCCUUUAAACGAUCCCUGUAAUCCGUCCCCCUGUGGUAGCAAUUCGGCUUGUAAUAAUGGCGAAUGUUCUUGCCUACCCGAAUAUCAAGGGAACGCUUACCUUGGUUGCCGUCCCGAGUGUGUACUCAAUACGGACUGCACACGUAAUAAUGCUUGCAUUAAAAAUAAAUGUGUCGACCCCUGUCCAGGCAUCUGUGGUCUGGGUGCCAUCUGCGAUGUUUUUAAUCACAUACCAACGUGCCAUUGUCCCGAUGGAAUGACGGGUAAUGCAUUCGUUCAAUGCGCGGUUCUACAAACUCCACCAACGGUUAUAAACCCGUGCCAACCUUCUCCCUGCGGUCCCAAUUCGCAGUGCUCUGAGAUUAACCAGCAAGCUGUGUGCGCUUGCCUACUCGACUAUCUCGGCGUACCACCUAACUGCCGACCUGAAUGCGCUAUAAACUCGGACUGCCCACUGAACAUGGCUUGUGUGAACCAUAAAUGCCGAGACCCCUGCCCAGGAAGCUGUGGUGUAAGAGCUCUUUGCUUAGUCAUGAAUCAUGCGCCAUUCUGUAGUUGCCCCAGCGGUUAUACUGGUAAUGCCCAUACUCUAUGCCAACUUUUACCGCCACCGAGUGCCCAAAACGAACCAACACACCCCUGCAUACCAUCACCAUGCGGUGCGAACUCCCAAUGUACGGAUAGAAAUGGCUCACCAUCAUGUAUUUGCCUGCCGGACUAUAUUGGUGCACCACCCAACUGCCGGCCAGAGUGCUUAUCUUCUUCGGAGUGCCCCAACAACCAAGCGUGUAUCAAUAUGAAAUGUCGAGAUCCUUGUCCCGGGAUUUGUGGUGCAUCAGCUACGUGCCACGUGGUUAGUCAUACGCCAUCAUGUGCCUGCAUCGCCGGCUUUAUAGGUGACCCUUUCACCCAAUGUUAUCCCGAACCAAUAAUUGAAUUCGAACAGAUUAAUCCGUGCGUACCAAGUCCAUGUGGCAGUAAUGCUAUCUGUACCACACAAAAUAACGCCGGUGCAUGCAAGUGUAUACCAGAAUAUUUCGGUAAUCCAUAUGAGGGUUGCCGACCCGAAUGUGUCACGAACUCUGACUGUCCUUCAAAUAAGGCAUGUCGCAAUCAAAAAUGCCAAGACCCUUGUCCUGGUGUAUGCGGCCAAAAUGCACAAUGCGACGCGAUCAAUCAUUUGCCUACCUGUACUUGUAUGUCGGGCUUCACUGGAGAUCCGUACAACUACUGCAACACACUGAAAGAACCUAUUAGAGAAUAUGUAAAUCCAUGCAUACCAUCGCCUUGCGGACCAAAUUCGCAAUGUCGGGAGGUAAAUGAACAAGCGGUUUGCUCUUGUUUACCCGACUUUAUCGGCAGUCCUCCGUCCUGUCGCCCCGAAUGCACAACGAACUCUGAAUGUCCCAUCGAUAAGGCCUGCAUCAACAAAAAAUGUCAGAAUCCCUGCCCUGGCAUUUGCGGCUCAAACGCCGAGUGUCGCGUAAGGUCACAUAGUCCCUAUUGUAGUUGUCGCCCAGGUUAUACCGGUGACGCAUUUGUACGUUGUUACCUAAUACCACCACCACCACCACCAGCCCGCGAGCCAUACCGAGAUCCAUGUGUUCCCUCCCCAUGUGGCCAAUAUGCCGUUUGUCGUGUAACAAAUGAUCAACCGACAUGUGUCUGCCUACCAUGGUAUAGCGGCGCACCUCCAAAUUGUCGUCCGGAAUGUGUUAUAAACUCUGACUGUUCCAGUAAUCGUGCCUGUAUUAAUGAGAAGUGUCGCGAUCCAUGCCCAGGCUCUUGUGGAGUGAACGCCGUUUGCAAUGUCCUGAAUCAUAUCCCAGCUUGUACGUGUCCGGCAGGCUACGCUGGUAAUCCAUUCAUAAACUGUCAUGCCCAGCCAGCCCCACCACCACCACCCACACCAGCUGAUGAUCCCUGCAUACCAUCACCAUGUGGUACUAACGCUCAAUGCAGUGAUGGUAUUUGCACUUGUAUAGCAGAAUAUCAAGGUGAUCCGUACACUGGUUGCCGUCCCGAAUGUAUUUUGAAUACCGAAUGCCCACGUGAUAAAGCGUGUAUUAAUCAGAAAUGUGAGGACCCUUGUCCUGGUACUUGUGCCUCGAACGCUAUAUGUGAAGUACACAACCACAUUCCCAUGUGCCACUGUCCAGCGGGAAUGCAAGGCAAUGCAUUUGUGCAAUGUCAGCAAGUACCAGAGCGCCCAGCAGAACCUUUACAUCCAUGUCAACCGACACCUUGUGGCCCCAACUCACAAUGCCAAGAUAGGAAUGGCAUAGCCAUAUGCUCUUGUUUACAAGAUAUGAUUGGUACACCCCCUGCCUGCCGCCCUGAAUGUAUUGGUAACUCAGAAUGUCCAAUGAAUCGCGCAUGUAUCAACCAGAAAUGCAAAGACCCUUGUCCGGGCGCUUGUGGCCACAACGCGCUCUGCAACAUCGUCAACCAUAACCCUAUUUGUUCUUGUCCAUCAGGAUAUACUGGCAGUCCAUUCGUCGCUUGCCAGCCUAUUAUCACUCCACCGUCUCAUGAAGAACCUCGCGAUCCAUGUCGUCCAUCACCUUGUGGUCCAAAUGCCCAAUGUAGCAACAUUAAUGGCGCUCCUUCUUGUACUUGCUUGUCUGAGUUCAUAGGUGCACCUCCAAAUUGUCGUCCAGAGUGCAUUUCUAGCUCGGAAUGCGCGUUCGAUAAGGCCUGCAUUAAUCAGAAGUGUCGCGAUCCUUGUCCAGGGCUAUGCGGCUCAAAUGCCCAGUGUCACACUUUGAACCAUGUACCAAACUGUAUUUGUGAACAAGGAUAUGUGGGAGAUCCAUUUACCGUUUGUCGUCUCUCACUACCAUCACCUCCGCCUGCACCCGAUUAUGUAGAUCCUUGCAUACCUAGCCCCUGUGGGGACAACGCAGAAUGCCGUCGUCAUAAUAAAGUUGGAUCCUGUGUCUGUCUACCAGAGUACUUCGGUAACCCUUACCAGGGUUGUCGACCAGAGUGUGUGUUAAAUAGUGAUUGCUCGUCAAACAAAGCAUGCAUACAACGCAAAUGUCGGGAUCCAUGUCCAGGCACCUGUGGCCAAAAUGCGGAGUGUCAGGUUGGGAACCAUCUGCCAGUUUGCCACUGUUGGAAUGGUUAUACAGGCAAUCCGUAUAGCUUCUGCUCGCCUGUCAAGCAAUUGGAACCAAUUUACGUUAACCCAUGUCUACCAUCACCCUGCGGCCCGAAUGCGCAAUGUCACGAAGUCAAUCAACAGGCUGUUUGCUCUUGUUUACCCGAAUUCAUUGGGUCACCACCUGCUUGUCGUCCAGAAUGCACAAUUAAUGCUGAGUGCUCGCUUACACAAGCUUGUAUAAAUCGAAAGUGCGCCGAUCCUUGUCCAGGCAGUUGUGGUCAGGAUGCAGAAUGUCGCGUUUACAAUCAUAAUCCGAUUUGCACAUGCAUACCAAACUAUACUGGAGAUGCUUUUACGCGUUGUUAUCCAAUACCUUCUGCUCCAUCGCCACCUGUCGCAGACGUAACACCAGCGAUACCACUGCUAUCAAUUAAUCCAUGCAAUCCAUCACCUUGUGGCCAAUAUGCCCAAUGUCACAACCGCAACGGUAGCCCAGUGUGCUCAUGUCUACCAAGCUAUAUAGGUAGUCCUCCAAACUGUCACCCUGAGUGCGUUGUAAGUUCUGAUUGCUCGUCGAAUCGUGCCUGCAUCAAUGAAAAGUGUCGUGACCCAUGCCCCGGAUCCUGCGGCUUCAAUGCUCUUUGUAAUGUGCUCAACCAUGUGCCUAACUGCAUCUGUCCAGCCGGUUAUGUGGGUGAUCCAUUUAGCAGUUGCCAACCAGAACCACCAAAACCUAUACAACGUGAGCCAAUCAAACAAGAUCCUUGUAUUCCAUCACCUUGCGGUGUAAAUGCUAUCUGCAGUGGAGAGGCAGUAUGCACAUGUCUACCAGACUACUAUGGAGAUCCAUACAGUGGGUGUCGCCCAGAGUGCGUACUUAAUAGCGAUUGUGCACGUGACCGCGCUUGCAUUAAUCAAAAGUGUAAAGACCCUUGUCCUCAAACUUGCGGUUCGCAAGCGGUCUGCAAUGUUAUAAAUCAUAUUCCGAUGUGUUCAUGUCCCAACGGAUUGACAGGCAAUGCAUUUGUUCGCUGUGACAGUAUUACAAUCAUCGAACCACCAGCUCCAGUCAACCCCUGUCAACCUUCUCCUUGCGGUCCAAACUCACAGUGCCGUGCAGCAAAUCAACAAGCUAUAUGCUCUUGUCUACCUGACUACAUUGGCGCACCACCAACUUGCCGUCCCGAAUGUGUCUCAAACUCGGAAUGUACUCUAGACAAGUUUUGCUUAAAUCAACGCUGUCAAGAUCCUUGCGCCGGUACCUGCGGUAUACGUGCGGUCUGUCAUGUACAAAAUCACAGUCCAAUCUGCGCUUGUCCACCACGCUUCACUGGCGAUCCAUUCAUUUCUUGCCAGCCUAUAACUACACCAUCCCCGCCACCAGUACGUGACGAAAAGCCGACCAAUCCCUGUCAACCAUCUCCUUGUGGACCUAAUUCGGAAUGUAUCGCCACACUGAAUGGCGCACAAUGCACUUGUUUGCCCGAUUUUAUUGGCGCUGCACCACAUUGCCGUCCUGAAUGCGUGACAAGCGCUGAGUGCGCCUCGGACAAGGCGUGUAUCAAUCGUAAGUGCGCGGAUCCUUGUCCGGGUUCGUGUGGUGCUGCUGCCGAAUGUCGAGUGUUAACACACAGUGCAAUGUGUUACUGCCCAAGCGGAUAUACUGGCGAUCCUUUCAACGCUUGCAUUGUACAACGAGAACCACCAACGGAAGUUGCUUUACCCUGCAGUCCCAGCCCUUGCGGUGCAAAUGCGAUUUGCCAACCACGGAAUGGCAUUAGCGUAUGCCAAUGUCUACCCAACUAUUUCGGUAAUCCUUAUGAAGCUUGUCGUCCGGAAUGUGUUAGGAAUUCGGAUUGUGCUGCAAACAAAGCGUGUCAGAAUCAAAAGUGUCGUGAUCCAUGUAUGGGCACUUGUGGUUCAGAAGCUAUUUGUCAGGUCAUCAAUCAUAUACCAAACUGCGCUUGCCUACCCGGUUACCAUGGUGAUCCAUAUACACGUUGCACAAUUGUGCAAGCGGAACCCGAACCACCUGUCACCGUAACUCCUUGCCAGCCAUCGCCAUGUGGACCUAAUGCGCAAUGUCGCGAUUCAAAUGGCCAAGCCGUUUGUUCCUGCCUACCUGAGUUCGUGGGCAGCCCACCUGCCUGUCGUCCGCAAUGUGUCGUUAGCUCCGAGUGUCCACUAGAUAAAGCAUGUAUAAAUCAGAAAUGUAAAGACCCUUGCCCCGGUGCGUGUGGCAUAAAUGCAGAAUGUCACGUACAUAACCAUAGUCCCUUGUGUGCUUGUAAAACUGGAUUUACCGGUGAAGCUUUCACUAGCUGCCAGCCCAUACCAUCGCCUCGUCCUCCAGUGCAGCCACCAGCUGAUGUCAAUCCAUGCCUUCCCUCCCCCUGCGGACCGUACUCACAGUGCCGCGAAGUAAAUGGGGCCGCAACUUGCAGCUGCUUGACGAACUAUAUCGGAGCCCCUCCCAAUUGCCGACCGGAGUGUACCAUCAAUGCGGAAUGUGCCAGCAAUAUGGCUUGUAUGAAUGAGCGUUGUCGCGAUCCAUGCCCCGGCUCUUGCGGCUUUUCAGCGCUUUGUAAUGUUAUCAAUCACACCCCAAGUUGUUCCUGCCCGACUGGCUACACCGGCGACCCAUUUACCAGCUGUCGCCCACUACCACCACCACCGCCUUCACCUAAACCAGCUGAGCCUGUCGAUCCAUGCAUUCCCUCACCAUGUGGCGCAAAUACAGUCUGCAACAAUGGUCAAUGUUCUUGCAUACCAGAAUAUCACGGCGAUCCCUUUAUCGGUUGCCGUCCAGAAUGUGUUCUCAAUGCAGAUUGUGCACGUGAUCGCGCAUGCGUGCGCAAUAAGUGCGUGGACCCCUGUCCAGGCACAUGUGGCGAGCGUGCGCUCUGUAAUGUCAUUAAUCAUAUACCCAUGUGUCGGUGUCCUGAACGAAUGACUGGUAAUGCAUUUGUCGCAUGCGAACCUGUACGUGAAGUUGAACCCAAAAACCCAUGUCAACCAUCACCAUGUGGCCCCAAUUCGCAGUGCAUCGAACGCGGCGUUAAUGGAAUUUGCUCUUGUAUCAUCGGCUAUUUCGGCAGCCCACCAAACUGUCGUCUCGAAUGUUACACCAGUUCGGACUGUGCACAAAUACAUGCGUGUAUCAACAAUAAAUGCGUCGAUCCUUGCCCUGGUCAAUGUGGUCUGAACGCCGAAUGUCAGGCAGUGCAGCACCGUGCACACUGCGAAUGUACACGCGGCUACAACGGUAAUCCAUAUUCCCUUUGCACGAGAACAGAAAUAAGGGAAGAGGCACCCACCAUACAAAAAGACCCAUGUAUACCAUCACCUUGUGGUCCUAAUGCUCAAUGUACCGACAAACAGGGGCAGGCUCAGUGUGUUUGUCUGGCUUCCUAUAUUGGUGUUCCCCCCAAUUGCCAUCCAGAAUGCUCAAGUAAUGAUGAUUGUCCAAACAACUUGGCAUGCAUUAAUCUUAAAUGCCGUGACCCUUGUCCCGGUUCAUGCGGAAUAAAUGCCAACUGUAUUGUGACAUUACACAUACCCAAUUGUUACUGCUCAGCUGGAAUGACCGGCGAUCCUUUCCAUGCGUGUUACGAGGCACCCAAAAUUCUUCCACCACCACCAAAACAGGAACCCCGUGAUCCUUGUCGUCCAUCGCCCUGUGGCUCGAAUAGUGAAUGUCGUGGACGCGGUGACAGCUACACCUGCACAUGCAUUAACGAUUACAUUGGUAACCCCUACGAGGGUUGUCGUCCUGAAUGUAUUGGCAACUCGGAGUGCCCCUCGAAUCGCGCUUGCAUACGCAACAAAUGUGCCGAUCCUUGUCCAGGCACCUGCGGCGUGGGAGCGCUCUGCACCAUUCACCACCACAUACCGAUUUGCUCAUGCCCGUCUGGCUAUACUGGCAAUGCUUUCGUCCAGUGUUCACUUAUCUUAGUAGAGCCUCAGGAACGUCGCGAUCCUUGCUAUCCAACACCGUGCGGCACCAACACCAUCUGCAGAGUACAGCGCGAUCAAGCUGUUUGCGAAUGCUUGCCUGGGUUCUUUGGCAAUCCAAAUGGUCAAGGUUGUCGUCCGGAAUGUACGCUCAGCUCAGACUGUGCCAAAAACAAGGCUUGUGUUAGUGCAAAGUGCAUCGAUCCAUGUCCCGGUGUUUGCGGUUAUGGUGCGCAAUGCCAGACAGUUAACCACAAUCCAAUCUGCAGUUGUCCCAGCCCAAUGAUUGGCAAUCCGUUCGUCGAAUGUCAUGAGCCAUUGAAACCCGUGGAUCCAUGCAAUCCCUCACCAUGCCGUAGCAAUGGUAUUUGUCAAAUUAUUAAUGGCGUCGCCACUUGCACAUACCCAGAGUGCGUGACUAAUGAGGACUGUUCACGCAAUCGAGCUUGUAUUAAUCAAAAAUGUCGCAAUCCAUGUAUCAAUGCUUGCGGUCUUAACGCGAUUUGUAAUGCUAUCAAUCAUAAGGCGGUAUGCACAUGCCCCAGUGGUUACUAUGGCUCACCAUUUAAUCAGUGUCUACCACAAAUGGAAGAAAUACCGGCACCUCGCCCAGAAUGUACCACGGACUCGGAGUGCUCUAACGACAAGGCAUGUGUGAAUCAGGCCUGUAAGAAUCCAUGCGAACUCUCGAAUAUCUGUGGCACAAAUGCACGCUGCCAUAUCCAACUUCACCGACCACUCUGUGUUUGUAAUGAAGGUUACACCGGUAACGCUUUCAGCUACUGUCAUACCAUUGGCUGCCGUUCAGAUGAGGAAUGUCCCGCGACUGAAGCAUGCAUCAAUAAGCAAUGCACCGAUCCUUGUCCAUAUACACAAUGCGGCACGAAUGCCAUUUGUCGUGCAGAUUACAACCAUAAGGCGCGCUGCCAUUGCCCAGAGGGUUAUCGCGGCAAUCCUUUGUUGCGCUGCGAGCGGCCGGAAUGUUCACGCGAUGACGAAUGCGCCUUCAAUUUGGCUUGCAAAAACGAACGUUGUGAGGAUCCAUGCAAUUGUGGAGUUGGUGCUCAAUGCCGUGUCGACAAUCAUCACGCGUUAUGUCGCUGCCCACCAGGUUAUAGUGGCAAUCCGCUGGUUAGCUGUGUGCUCGAAGAACCUAAGGUGGCACCACAAUGUACUAUGGAUGGGGACUGUACCAGCAAAUUGGCCUGCUUCAACGGCGAAUGCAAGAACCCAUGCGCUGUAACGCAGCCAUGUGGCGUGAAUGCUAUUUGUUCGGUGGUGGACACAUUGCCGUUGCGUACAAUGAUAUGCCAGUGUGAACCCGGCUAUGUGGGUGAUGCAGAUGUGGGCUGUCGUAAAGAACCCGCACGAGAUCACGGCUGCCAAUCCAACAGCGAAUGCCAGGACACUGAAGCCUGUCGAAAUGGUAUGUGUGUGAAUCCUUGCAUUGAUGGUUCGCCUUGCGCCCAUACCGCCGAGUGCUUGGCUCAACGACAUCGCGCCGUCUGUAGUUGUCCGCAGGGUACACAGGGUGAUCCGUUCAUCAACUGUUACCAACCACCUCAAAUUACUGCCGGCUGCACACACGAUUCAGAAUGCUCGCCUACAACGGCUUGCAUCAAUCAACGUUGUCAAGAUCCUUGCGCAGAGGCAAAUCCAUGCGCUGGCAAUGCUGAUUGCCGUGUGCGCAAUUCGCGUCCAAUAUGCUCGUGUCCUGUUGGCUGGGGUGGCGAUCCUCAAGUUCAAUGUUACAAACCGGAAUGUAAGAUAAACCCCGACUGUCCGUACGACAAGGCCUGCAUCAAUGAGAAUUGCGUCAACCCGUGUAACUACGGUGAAGUACGUUGUGGAACUGAAGCUCAAUGCGUGCCACAAAAUCAUCAAGCCGUCUGCGUAUGCCCACCGGGCACACAAGGUAAUCCAUUUAUCUCUUGCAUCACAGGUCACUGCCAAUACAACGAAGAUUGCGCUGAUCACGAAGCUUGCGAUCGCCUGAAUCGUAUUUGCCGUCCGGUUUGCGAUGAGGAUACCUGCGCUCUGAAUGCCAUUUGCACGGGUAGACGUCAUCAGCCGCAAUGUGAAUGCCGCCCAGGUUAUAGUGGGAACGCGUUCGUGCAGUGCGAUGUUCCACGCGAGCCCCCCACUAAGGUACAGCCGGAGUGCACGCAAGAUGCGGACUGUCCAUCACAAUUGGCAUGUAUAAAUCACCAUUGUGCAAAUCCAUGUACCACUCCACAUGUUUGCACGCCCCAACAGACCUGCCAUGUUCUGGAUACUUUACCUUUACGGACAAUGAUCUGCAAGUGCCCAAGCGAUACGAUUACCGACAACUCGGGCAAUUGUAUCCCGAUCAAGCAUGAAGUAGUCAGCGGCUGCCAGAGCAACGAUGAAUGUGCCAACACUGAAAUCUGUCAACGAGGUGUUUGUACUGACGCUUGCCGCUUGGAGCGCUGCGGUGUUAAUGCACAAUGUCGCUCUCGCGAUCAUUACGCGGAAUGUACGUGCGCGCGUGGUUAUGAGGGCAAUCCCCGCUUAGAAUGCCAAUUGAUUGUACACGAACAGCCGAAAACACCAGCAGCAGAAUGCACGAAGAAUGAUGAUUGUCCAAAUGAUAAGACUUGUAAGAAUGAACGCUGCAUUAAUCCUUGUGUUGAGGACCCUUGCGGGCAAGGUGCCUACUGUCAUGUGCAAAACAGAGGAGCUGUAUGCCGUUGCCCGCCUGGCUUUACCGGCGAUGCCCACACCGGUUGUGUGCCGCCACCAGACGUAUCUACAAUUGGCUGCAAAUCUAAUUCCGACUGUUCGCUCAGCGAAUCAUGUGUCAACGAGCGUUGCGUCAAUCCUUGUAAUUGCGGUCUGAAUGCUGAGUGCAUUGUACGCAAUCAUCACCCAGUAUGCUACUGUCAACCUGGCUAUUCUGGCAAUGCACAAUUUGGUUGUGUACAAAUUGGUUGCCAAUCGGACGAUGAAUGCUCUUCGGAUCAACAAUGUGUAAAUCGUGAAUGUGUUAAUCCUUGCUUAAUCAGUGAUCCAUGCGCGCUCAAUGCUGAAUGCUUUGGCCGCAAUCAUCGCGCCUCUUGCCGCUGCCCCGCUGGCUUAGAAGGUGAUCCAUUCCAACGUUGCAUGCGCGUCGAAUGCCACUCCGACUAUGACUGCGCCACCAAUCAAGCAUGUGUACGCAAUCAAUGCGUGAAUCCAUGCCAGGAUAGUCCAUGCGCACAAAAUGCAAUCUGCCAAGCACUGCAACAUAGGGCUGUCUGUCGCUGUCCCGAGUCAAUGCCGCUAGGAAACCCGUACUCUUAUUGUGAACGUCGUCCUGUGGAACCUGUCUGCCGCGAUGACGGCGAUUGUCCGAGCCGAUUGGCCUGUAUCGACAACAAGUGUCAGAAUCCAUGUGCCAUACUCUCACCCUGCGCCAGCUCUGCACGGUGCAGCGUACUGGAUAGCGUUCCUGUACGAACUAUGGUGUGCGAAUGUCCCGAAUCGUAUGUGCCCGAUGCGCGCGGUGAGUGCAAACCAAUUAUACUCCAAAGCCCACCAGGAUGCAGCACGGACGCAGAUUGUUUGGACCAAGAGGCGUGUAUCAAUCGACAAUGUCGGAACCCCUGCAACUGUGGUACUAAUGCCAUAUGCCACGUACAGAAUCAUCGCGCAACCUGUUCUUGCCAGGACGGUUAUGAAGGCAAUCCUUACUCAUUCUGCCGUACGAUUGGCUGUCGCAUCGACAGUGAAUGCGACUCUGGUAAGGCGUGCAUCAACGGCAACUGCAUCAACCCUUGCUUAGUCAACGAUCCUUGUGGCAUAAACGCCGAAUGCUAUGUACAAUCCAAUCAAGCAAUGUGCCGCUGCAAGAGCGGCUAUCGUGGCAAUGCUUAUGAGCGCUGUCGUGUUAUUGUAUGUCUUACGAGCAACGACUGUCCCACAGAUAAAAUGUGCCAGAAUGAGCAAUGCGUAAAUCCCUGCAUCUAUCAUAAUAUAUGCUCACCACGCGCCGAGUGUCGCGCGCAAAAUCACUUGGCGGUAUGUCGUUGUCCUGCUGGCUUCUUAGGUAACCCAUAUGUCGACUGCCGUCCCGAACCACAACCGGUGUGCAAGGUAGAUACAGACUGCCCUGCAACAUUGGCUUGCAUAAACGAUGAAUGCGUCGAUCCAUGCCUUACACUGGAACCAUGUAACAAGCCUGCACAAUGCCAAGUAACGCCAACCACACCGGUGCGUACCAUGAUCUGCGUUUGUCCCGAUGGCUACAUAAGCAGCGGUAGUGGCACUUGUAAACCAACAAAAACUAUUGUGGAUGUGGGCGGCUGUAUAGCUGACUCUGACUGUGCCGUUGAUAAAUCCUGUGUCAAUGGCAUCUGUAGAGAUCCUUGCAAUUGUGGCUUGAAUGCCGAAUGCCGCAUAAAGGACCAUAAACCCGUCUGCACUUGUCGCCAAGGAUAUGAAGGCAACCCAGAAUUUGAAUGUUCUAAGACUGGUUGUGCCAUCAACUCAGACUGUCCAGCAACGCAUGCUUGUCGCAAUCAGCUUUGCGUCCCCGCCUGCCAAGGAGAACAAUGCGGCACAAAUGCGGAGUGUCUACCAGUUGAUCAUCGCGCCGUAUGUGAAUGCUUGCCAGGCUUCCGCGGAAACGCGCGCAUCUCUUGUACACCACUGGGAUGUCGUGCUGACAAUGAAUGUCCGUCUGAUAAGGCAUGUUUAAAUGGAAAAUGUGAGAACCCAUGCGAAACAAAGGUGGUCUGUGCAUAUGACGAAAUUUGUAAAGUCUAUAAUCAUCGACCGGACUGCGCUUGCCCACCGGGUAGUAUUUCUCGCCGCAACGGCUGUGAGCCAUUACGCGAAAUAUCAAUUUGCAGCUACGAUGGUGACUGCCCAAGUCAAACUGCCUGCAUACGUGGUGAAUGCGUCAAUCCAUGCAACGCAACACAUCCGUGUGGUGUAAACGCUGACUGUCGUGUCUUGGAUACAGUGCCAGUACGUACAAUGAUAUGUGAAUGCUUUGAAGGCUACACUGGUAACGCGGCCGUGCAAUGCGAUAAGCGGUCGUUGUGCGUUAUCGAGAAAGGAUUCGUACGUGAUAUAGAUGGUCAGUGUGUGUGCCCACCAGGUACAGCUUUAGAUGUCUACGAAUAUUGUGCACCCUGUCUACCCCAACAAGGUUUCAAGAUUGAUGAGAAUGGACACUGUGUCUGCGCUCUAGAACGCGGCAUGGUAAUCGAUGAGCGCGGACGCUGCAUUUGCCCCACUGACCAUGGCUACCGACUAACUCCUGCUGGCGAAUGCAUAGCCGAAGACCAACCUGGCUGCGAAACCAACGAUGACUGCGCCGACAAUCGUUACUGUAAUACACAUCCUAAGACCUGUGAGGAUCCUUGUCUGCAAAAGGUGUGUGGCGUGAACGCCUUCUGUAACGCUAUCAAUCAUCGUGCGCAAUGUCAAUGCAUCACUGGUUACACCGGCAAUCCUGAGCUUAUCUGUAAUCACACUAACUUCCGCACGGACUUCCCACGACCCGAUAUGUUGGUCAGCUGUCUGGCUGAUGGCGUACAAGUAGAAAUACACAUCACCGAACCCGGCUUCAAUGGUGUGCUCUACGUUAAAGGGCACAGUAAGGAUGAAGAAUGUCGCCGUGUGGUAAAUCUAGCUGGCGAAAGCGUACCACGCACGGAAAUAUUCCGUGUACAUUUCGGUAGUUGUGGCAUGCAAGCUGUGAAAGACAUUGCUAGUUUCGUGUUGGUCAUACAGAAACAUCCAAAAUUGGUCACUUACAAAGCACAAGCUUAUAACAUUAAAUGCGUCUACCAGACUGGUGAAAAGAACGUAACGUUGGGCUUCAAUGUGUCUAUGCUGACUACAGCAGGCACUAUCGCCAACACCGGACCGCCGCCAAUCUGUCAAAUGCGCAUUAUUACACAUGAAGGUGAAGAGAUUAAUUCCGCGGAAAUCGGUGACAAUCUCAAAUUACAAGUGGACGUAGAGCCAGCAACAAUUUAUGGCGGUUUUGCACGCUCUUGUAUUGCAAAAACGAUGGAGGAUAAUGUAGAGAAUGAAUAUAUUGUAACCGAUGAGAACGGUUGCGCUACAGAUGCUUCAAUCUUUGGCGAAUGGGAGUACAACCCAGACACCAACAGCCUUAUGGCCAACUUCAAUGCUUUCAAAUUCCCUUCGAGCGACAAUAUACGCUUCCAAUGUAACAUACGCGUCUGCUUUGGUAAAUGUCAACCGGUUAAUUGUCGCGGCUAUAAUGCUUUCGGGCGUAGAAGACGUCGCGCUAUAUCGGACAAUUCCACGGAUACAACAGCAGUGGCGACAAACACCGGCAUGGAAGGACAAUUACGUGAAGAGAUAACAAUUUCAUCGAAUGCCAUACUGACAUUUGAAAAACGCAGCGGCCCUGGCAUCAGUGAUGCGAAUAUCAAACCAUCUGCUCAGCGUGUCGAGGACAUUUGCGUCUCUAUGGUGGGUCUGAUAAUAGCACUCGUUAUCACAGCUUUGCUGGCAUUGGUAGCAGUCGCUGUAGCCGUUUCCUGUUGGCUUAUGGCUUAUCGUCGGCGGCCCAAAACGCUGGCCCCGCUACCUCAUCCACCAGAGUUCCCCAAUCCGCUAUUUGCGAAUCCCGAAGCUGUGCCAGAGCCAACACCAGACUAUCUAUCAUAAGCAGUGAUGAACAACUAAAUUUAUUAGAACUAGUUUAGUUAAGAAAUUAUUGACGAAAAGAGAAAUAUAAUUAAUUUAGUAAAAAUAAAUUUAAAUUGAAGGAUGAACAUAAAUAUUUGAAAAGCCUGUGCAAAAAGUUAAAGCAAACAGUAAAUUUGAUAUUUGCUGAUAUUUAAAAAAGAGGUUUGCAAA